AUGACUGUGCCGAGCAUCAGCUCCAGUUGCAGUGGUGUUAACAGUGUCUGGUGCAGCAGUAACGGCGGCGGCGGCAGCAGCAACAACCACAGAUAUGGCCAAGAGCAUCAUCUGAGUCCCACUGGCCACCUAGUCACAGCCAUCUGCCUUGGCAUCAUUGGGAUUCUGGGUUUCCUAAAUAAUCUCCUGGUCCUGGUACUUUUCUGCCGAAACAAAGUGCUGCGGUCUCCGAUUAACUUGCUGCUGAUGAACAUUUCAGUGAGUGACCUGAUGGUGUGCAUUGUGGGUACCCCUUUCAGCUUUGCGGCCAGCACUCAGGGAAGAUGGCUCAUAGGGCCAGCCGGCUGCGUGUGGUAUGGCUUUGCCAACACCUUGUUUGGUAAGUACCACUUUGUUGUCCUGCACCUGUCUAGGAGCAUGCUUCCUUCACUUCUUCUCUGUGGCUUGGACCCAGUCAGGGGCUUGCCUACUGAGCAGAUCCCAUCUAUUGCCUGCUAACUCAGUGUGCAUUUUCUUUAGAAAGCUUUGCAUCAUCCCAGAAGGAGGUUCAGUGCAGCUUAGGUCUCUGGAUGCUGCCUUACAGCCUCUUUGAGAUACUAACAACAAACUAGAUCAUAAAGACCAGAGUUGGUAAAGGGCUUGUGAUGGUGCUGGUUGGAGGAGAUGAAGUUCUAUAAGUGUGGAGGACUCUGAGUUUGAAGGAACACAGUUGAGGGACACCUUAUUCCCUUUAUUUACAAGUUAAGUGCAUUAUUUGGAUGAGAGGUGAUGUGUGUGUGUGUGCGCGCAUGUGUGAGUGAGUGAGAGAGAGAGAGAGAGAGAGAGUGCACACACAGGUGCAUAGAAGUACCAGAAGUCCUAUAGAUCCCAACCUGAUACCCUUCAGAUGUUUUGGACUACAACUUCCACCAGUCCCAGUCAGCAUAGUCAAUAGCCUGGAAUGAUGGGAGUUGCAGUCCAAAACUUCAGGAAGGCACUAGGAUGGGGAAGAGUGCUUUAGAUUAAACAUGCAAAGGACUCUGGUGAUUAUGGAGUGUAAAUAACAUAGUCAAAAGUAUUAUAUGCUGAGAGCAAAAACAAGGAUCACCUAUCUAUCAUCUAUCUAUCAUCUAUCUAUCAUCUAUCUAUCUAUCUAUCUAUCUAUCAUCUAUUGAUCGAUUGAUUGAUUGACCUAUCUAUCGAUCUAUCGAUCUAUCGAUCAUCUAUCUAUCUAUAUCUAUCUAUAUCUAUCUAUCAACCAUCAUCUAUCUAUCUAUCUAUCAUCUAGCUAUCUAGCUAUCUAGCUAUUAUUUAUCUACCUAUAAAGCAAUGAAAGUUUUUGGAACUAGGUUUGGAACUAGGUGAAAACAGGACUAGGUUGAAUAGCUGGGACUACAAAGGGAACAGUAAAAAGGCAAUGGAGCUGUAUUCCUGCAUUGACAAGUCUGCAGCUGUGCUUCUGUUUCAUUAAGGGAGUCCUGAGAUUUGUGAUUAGCUAUAGUAUUGCGAGUAUAGGAUGAAGGGGGCUUUAGACUAUUAUGGUAGGUGGGGAAUGACAGCAUUGCUCUCUGAUGGUCUGCCCCUAUUAACUUGCUUCUGGGGUAGACAUGCAUAGAAUUGCAUAGCAUCUCAGUUAUAUUGUAGCAAAGUUUAGCAUUUGGGGGCUCGAGUAUAUGUCUAAAGAGCUGAAGGAUUCAAAUGCAGUGGUACCUCAUGUUACGUACUGUCCCCCUUAUAAAUGCUUCGGGUUACGUGCUCCACUAACCCAGAAGUAGAUGCCCCUUGUUGUGAACUUUGCCCCGGGAUGCGAGCGGAAGUCGCGCCCUGGUGGCGUGGCAACAGCGGGAGGCACCAUUAGUGAAAGCACGCCUCAUGUUACGAGUGGUUUCCGGUUAUGAACCGAUUAAGGCUCUGGAACCGGCUCUGGAACCGAUUAAGUACGUAACACAAGGUACCACUGUGUGGUUAUGUAUUUUGGUGUAGGAUUGCCGCCUUAAUAACUUCAGUUUGGGUCCCCUGUUAAGUGUUUAAGAGCAAUGUAGUGUUUUGGUUUGCGCUUUUGCCAUAUUUGCCCUUCAGUGGUUUGCUAUUUUGUCAUGCUACUGAUCUCCUUGUCUUCAUUUUAUGUCUAAAACUCAAUGCAAAAAUUCAGCUCCAUUGGUUCUACUCAAGGGACUGAUCAUGGUUCCACAUCAUAAUUAAUACCCACAACUUCCAACAUGGAAUCACUUGAUGCUUCUGACCAGCUCCAAUACAAAAAUUAAAAACCUGCUAAUAGUCACAUUUAUAUUGGUCUGUACAGUGUACAAAGCUUAUCACCCAGUUCAGUAUUAUUAUCCCUGUAAUGGAUAGCGGUGUGGUGGCUUUCAUGAAAAUGGCUUUCAUGAAACUAGCCAGUAUGUUCAGGACAGAGAUAGGUUUUGAACUGGUGUUCUUUAGCUUAUUGCUCUCUCUUAAAAACCACGUUGCACUCUUUCCCUCACACAUACAGUUUUGUGCUUCAGAAUCAAGAGCAAAGCCAGUGUCAGAGACAGGAUAUCACUGCUGCUGAGUGAGGGUGGUUAUGAAACAACAACACUAAAUGUACCCUUUGAAAAGACAUCUGAGGCUUCUUCUCCUUUGCAUAUGUCAUGUUUUCAUGGAGAAACUGCUUGGCCUAGAAAUUUCAAACUUUCCCCAGGUAUCGUUGAGAAAGCUUUUGACGACCUCUCCUUCUUGCCUGUAUUUCAGAUGUGGUCUUAUGCUUCUUUUGCAAGUUACUUUGUAAAGAGUCUGGUGCUCAGCUGGUGGCCCUGAAGGUUUUGCUGCUGUUCUCCUUUAAGUGUGGCUUUGUGUGCUAUGUCUCAGUUGUCCCUAUCAACAAUGCAUUUUGGCUGGAUUUCAGCUAAAAGUCUAAGAGCCCCGAUGGAUCAGACCCCAACUUCUAUCUAGUCCAGCAUCUUGUUUCCCAUAGUAACCAGCCAGAAACUUGCAAGCAAGCAGGAGAUGAGGGCAACAGCCUGUCCUGCUAUUGUUCCCAGCAACUGGAGUUUAGAGAUAUGCUGCCUCAUUUCUGAUCCUGUAUGUAACAGCAUAGCAGACACUGGUAGCGUUAUUCUCCAUGCAUUUGUUGAAACAUCCUUCAAAGCCAUUUUAGCUGGUGGAGCAAAUUCCAUAAUUUAACUACACACUGUGUGAAGAAAUAUCUCCUCUGGCUUGUUUUUCAUUCAGCUUCAUUGGUUGACCAUAGGUCCCGGACACCUCUAUAAUGUCCUCCCAUUACUCAUUAUUCAAGCAGCAUCUAUCUCUGUUUUGCUCAAGUAUUAAAAGCACAGGAGCUCUGCCUCUUUUGUAUGUGGCCACCCUAAGUGUUAUUUCAGAUCAGGGCUCCCCCCCCCCCCCAGCUGGAGCUCACCAGAGCUCAGCUCUGGCACCUCUCAGGUGGGUGCCAUUGCCAUUUUAAGAGAACAAGGGCGAAGUUCGUGGUGAGCUCUGGCACCUCUUUUUCUAGAAAAAUAGCCCUGCUUCAGAUCCUUUGAUCCUUGUUGUUGUCGUUUUCCCCGUUUUCUCCAACUCUGCAAUAUCCUUUCUGAGAUGUGGCAACCCAAAAUGUAAACAUUAUUCCAAGUGAGGCAAUAAAUAUCUCUAUCAUUAUGGCGUCUAUAGCCCACUCCUCCUCAAAGGAGCUCAAGAUGGUGUAGGGGGCUCCUCCAUCUCACACAUACUUUGUCCUCAUAACAAGCUUCUGAGGUAGGUUAGGCAAGAGAGAGAGAGUCUGCUCCCAAGAUCAUCCCAUAAGUUUCAUGGCUAUGUGGGGAUUUGAAUCAAAUGCUCUAACCAUGAUGCCUCUUUUCCUCUUUUUAACUCUAUCCAAGUUGGUGGGCAUAACUGCUUCCUGUGGCAGUGAGUUCCAUAGUUUCAUUAUGUUCUGCAUGAAGAAGCGCUGUCUUUUGUCUGUGCUGAAUCUUCCAACAUUCAGCUUCCCAGGAUGCCCCUGAGCUCCAGUCUUAUGAGAGGAGAAAACUUUUACUAAACCCACUUUCUCCAUGGCGUACAUAGUUUUUAUAAACUUUUGUAAUUUUGCCUCUUAUUCGCUUUUCCUGUAAACUAAAAGUCCCAGACGUUGCAACCUUUCUUCAUAGAGGAAAUCCAUUCAUACAUCCCCUUAACCAUUUGCAUUGCUGUUUUCUGAACUUUUUCCUACUCUACAAUAUCCUUUUUCAGGUGUGGUGACCAAAAGUGUGCACAGUAUUCCAAAUACAGUCACAUCAUAGAUUCAUAUAACAGUAUUAUGAUAUUAGCAGUUUUAUUUUCAGUCCCUUACCUAAUGAUCCCUAGCAUGUCCUUUGCCUUUUUCACAGCUGCUGCAAAUUGGGUUGAUGUCUUUAUCGAGCUAUCCACUAUGACCCCAAGGUCUGUUGCUACCAGUUCAGUCCCAAUGAGUGUAUAUGUGAAAUUAAUACUUUUUUGGUCUGGCAGGCAUCACUUUCCUCUUUCUCACAUUGAAUUGCAUUUGCUGUUUAUUCCUAAUUUCUGCUACUUGCUGUUUAACCAAUGCCUGAUCCAGGAGAGUACCCCUCCUCUUAUUCCAUGACUGCUAAGCUUAAUCAGGAAACUUCUAAGGCACAGUCAUUUGGGUAGCUAGAGAUUUUAUCUCUUUGUUGUUACCAGAGCACUUAAGGAGCCAGUCUUUGUGAGGAUAGCUGAAGUCACUUGUAACUGCAACAUUCCCUCUUUUGAAUGCUUCCUUCAUUUCAUCCUUCAUCUCAAUAUUUCCCUAGGCAUUUUGAUCAGGCAGAUGAUAGCACACCCACAGUACUAACUUAAACACCCACUGGUCCCACCCUGGCUAUCUGGCAGUUGUCUGUCUGCAGUCCUGGGAAUAGAUUAAGAAAAUGCAUAAGCAUCUUUUGAGAAGAAGAGUGAGGUGUGCCUCCAAGUUUAAUUCAGAAAAAGGAAUAUCUUUGCACAUCUAUAAGGUCAAAGUUUAGCACUGAUCUAGAUGAACAAGGAUGAUUCCCCAAUUUUCUUCUUUUGAAGCAGAGAACAAGUAGAGGUGGCCAUUGCAAUCCCAACUCUCCAAGCAUUGGGAAUUAAAUUACAACCAGGAUGGUGUUUUUUCUUUCUUUUUCUUCUUGUUGUCUGUGCAGACAGACUUUUAUUUACUGGGAUCUUUCUGUGAAUCAUGAUUUCUACCCACCUUGUUUUCAGCUGUUUAAAAUAGGCAUCAUUUCCUCUUCACCAAUAUAUUUUAUUAAUAUUCCCUCUGUUUCUGGGAGCUCAUCCUUAGGAUGUGACAAUAUAUUUCCUUUUAUCAAAUCAGCAGCAGAGCACAGUGGAGAGAGACUGCUGUUCUCUUUCUAACACCUUUCCACGCUUCUGACGCUAUCCAGACUGGCUUCACCAGAGCAUGCUCCUAUCCACCCGGGUGCUCUGAUUUCUGACCUAAUCAAAUGUUUUCAGUAGGUACACAUUCUUAUUUGGUUUCUGUUUUCAAAAUACACUUCAAAACCAGUCUCCUUCAAAAAGGCUUUUAUGCACAGUUUCUGCACCAGGCAAGGAUCUGCUUCCCGCUUGCCUCUCAUUAGUUUCUUUGUUAGGAAUCCAGGUUGUAUUUUAGUAUUUGACAUUUAACCUUGAUACCUUAGAAAGGAGCUAAUGAGAGGCAAGUGAGAGGCAGGUCCCUGACUGCUGCUGGAAUAUUUCCAAGCAAUUUAGAAAACGCUGCUAUCCAUGGUUAGUGUGUGUAGGUUUUUCACACUAGUACAUUUCAGUGGCUGGAGUGGACUUGCUCAAACUUUUCAUGCUCCAUCCAUAUUAAAGAACUUUCAAUGUAAGGGAAAGCUGCAAAACACCUGGCGUACACCAGCAUGGUGUAAUGGUUAGUGUGUCAGACUAGGACUUGAUAGAACAGGGUUCAAAUCCUCACUCAACCAUGAAGCUCACUGGGUGGCUUAGGGCCAGUCACUGCCUCUCAGCCUAACCUACCUCACAGGGUUGAUGUGAAGAGAAAAUGAAGAGAGGGAGAAGCAUAUACAAUCCUUAGAUGAAAAGAUGGUAUAUAAAUUAACUGACUAAAUAAUAAAAUUUUGUUGAGUGGAAGAAAGUUAGGCUGCCCAUAAUGGUGGCUCUUAGUUCAAUCCAAAGCAUGUUGACUCAGGAGGAGUAAAAAAGUAAAGGACCCCUGACAGUUAAGUCCAGUCACGGACGACUCUAGGGUUGCGGCACUCAUCUUGCUUUACUAACCGAGGGAGCUGGCGUUUGUCCGCAGACAGUUUUUCUGGGUCAUGUGGCCAGCAUGACUAAGCCGCCAGAGCAGUGCAUGGAAACGCCGUUUACCUCCCCGCCAAAGCAGUACCUAUUUAUCUACUUGCACUUUAACAUGCUUUUGAACUGCUAGGUGGGCAGGAGCUAGGACCGAGCAACGGGAGCUUACCCUGUCAUGGGGAUUCGAACCGCCGACCUUCCAAGCGGCAAGCCUACUAAACAGGUCCCACUAAAUUCAGUAGGACUUGCUGUCUUGUAGGGAUAUUUUUGGGAUCACAGCCUCAGAAACAGCAACUGAGACAAAAUAUGGCUGCUUUCUCCAGCUCGGUCCCCUUCAGAUAUUUUCAAUUACAAUUCUCAUCAGUCCCAGCUGGCACAGCAAAUGGCCAAAACAUCUUGAGGGCAUCAGGCUACAGAAGGAUGACCUAAUCAAAGCUCCAUUGACUGCAGUGACUCUGAGGAAGUGUUUGAGGGAUCAUCCCCUCCAUUCUGAAUGUGUGACUUGGAACCCAUCAAGCUGAACCCCCAUCAUUCUGCCCGGACACUGUCUAGCUCUGAGGGCCUUCUGGUGGUUCCCUUACUGUGAGAAGUGAGGUUAAAGGGAACCAGACAGAGGACCUUCUCAGUAGUGGCUCCCGCCCUGUGGAACGCCCUCCCAUCAGAUGUCAAGGAAAUAAAUAACUACCUGACUUUUAGAAGACAUCUGAAGGCAGCCCUGUUUAGGGAAGUUUUUAACGUUUGAUGUUUUAUUGAAUUUUUAAUAUUUUGUUGAAAGCCGCCCAAAAUGGCUGGUGAAACCCAGCCAAAUGGGCGGUGUGUGUGUGUGUUUGUGUGUAUAAAAAAUUAUUAUUUUAUAUUAUAUUAUUACAAUUUGCAUCCCACAGAAUUCAAAUUGUAAUACAAUAAAAUACAAGGGAUGAAAUAAGCAAUACAAAUGCAAUUAAAAAUCAGUAUGAAUAUUCAAUGCAGACAUGCUGCAGACCACCUGAAUAAAGCUCAUGGUCCACAGAGCAAUUUGGGAAACCAUGCCCUAUGAAACAACUUUUGGACUCAGUGGGACUUACUUCUGAGCAGCCAUGAAUAGGCUCUCACUGUACGGCUUCAUUUGCACACAGAUGUAGCUGAAUGUUCACCAUCAUAUCUGAGCUCCUGGCAGACAACAGUUUUCUCAAAGCUGCUCAGAAACAUUUCUGUUCUUAAAGUUAACCUCUGCACCCGACAGAGACACUGAUGAGAAGCAACUGGGAGGCAAACUCUUGCCUAAUGUGGAAAUGUUGCAUGGCAAGUGUUUUGUAGACAUGUGGAGAAUUGAGGGAAACUGUUUUUUGUUUUUUUAACAGCACUUUGCAAGCAUGGAAAUAAUAAUAGAACAGGUGACAACUUGGAGGGAGAUUUUGACUAACAUGUCAUGUAUUUUGUGCAUUUCAUUGCACAUUGCCUCUAGCACUUAUAUAGCAUAGUAGCAAUAUAUAGAUAUUAAAAAGAAAUAAACUGUAUGCAAUGUCACAUUGGAGAAAUCCAGAGGUGCUCAAAAGCAGGGAACUGAUGCACAAAUGUACGUCUUACAGUUCUUAGAUCUUAUGACCAGUCACUGUGAGGACCUGAGGGUAAUUGCCAUGACAGCUAGAGACAAGCUCUUCCCAUGAUCCAACAAAUCCAGUGAUCAUCACAUACCCUUGGUCCUCUUGGUCCUCCCUGUGUGCCAAAACUUUUCCUUCUCCAUUUGUUGGGUGGAUAAUGAUGCUUAGGAGCUGUGGAACAAUGCUCUAGCAUCCAUCCCCCCCUGACCUUUUGCUCCUCUUGGAGCAAAAGAAGAAAUGGGACUGUGUUGAUCUUAUUUCAGUGGGACCUGCGCCUAAGAAAGUGCAAAGAUUGCAGCUUUUGUUAUAUAUUUUGCGGCUUAUUUUGCACCAGUGAACAAAAGCGUUAGUCAUUGCACCUUAACCUUGAAUAGCAGCUGUCUCUUGCACACAUACUCCUAAAUGAACUGCAUUAUCAAAAUUGCAACUUGAAAGAGCAAAGCUUUUGAAUCCUGACCUGUCAGUAAUGUCUGCGUCAUACCAGACAACCUCUCAGAAUCAAGAUUAACAUGUUAUAGAUGACAAGGCCGGCAUAGGCCAGUGUUUAUGAAAAUUGUGUUUCCUCUUUUUAUUUUGGGUCUGUUAACCACAAUAAAUUAAUAAUGAUUUUUGCCAUUUCUAAAAAUUAUUAAUUACCAUUUAUCUACACCCUUUGCAACAUAUGACCUGCCAUUUUACUGACAGAACCUUUUUUUAAAAGAAAAAGAAAAUUUCCUUUGCAGGUCUUUUUAAAGCCUAAACAGUAUAUAGACAAAGGAAAUUUGUUUAGUGAAUGCCAGCAGCUCUCACAGAAUUUCAGUACGGAGGUGAAACAGUUAUUUCUCUGCCUUCAAAAAAGUGGCAUUUGAAUCAGACGAUCAAAUAAGCCAUUAUUAUUGACAGGCUAGUUGCAUGGUGUACUCUUAGAGAUUGACAGGUUGCUUAGUUAGAUUUAGCAACAUAUUUAGCAGAAUAAUGUCUUUAGAGUGAGUUUUCUGUUGCAGCAGCCAUGCAUGUUUUCAUAUAUGUUGCACUUUUUCAUAUGUGAAAGCAAAAUGACCCUUUCCAAAAGUGAUAUAUAUAGUUAUACAUAUUUAUGUGGGUUAAACCACUGAGCCUAGGGCUUGCUGAUAAGAAGGUCGGCGGCCCAAAUCCCCACAAUGGCGUGAGCUCCCAUUGCUUGGUCCCUGCUCCUGCCCACCUAGCAGUUCGAAAGCACAUCAAAGUGCAAGUAGAUAAAUAGGUACCACUCCAGCGGGAAGGUAAACAGCGUUUCUGUGUACUGCUCUGGUUUGCCAGAAGCGGCUUAGUCAUGCUGGCCACAUGACCCGGAAGCUGUAUGCCAGCUCCCUCGGCCAAUAAAGCGAGAUGAGCGCCGCAACCCCAGAGUUGUCUGCGACUGAACCUAAUGGUCAGGGGUCCCUUUACCUUUACCUAGUACUCCAAAGUUCCCUGUAAUAAAGGCGUGGGGAAUCUUUUUCAGCAUGAACUGCACCUUCCUUUCUAGGAAAUGUUACAAGAGCCAAGGGCUGGGGGGGGCGCAGAGGCAAAAGUGAGGGGAGCAACUGCUGUUAAAUUUUACCUUUCCACAGUAGCCUGGCUUCUAUACAUAUUUCCAGACCCCCUUUUCCAUGCACAUAGGAGCCAACUCCUAGGGGCUGGGGGGUCUUGCCCCCCCAAAUAUUUACGCUCCCCCCCAAAUGAUGGGCAUUGCAAUUCAAAUGGUGUGUGUUCACCGUGUCAUGUGAUCGCUUAUGCAGCGCUUUUCUGUCUCCCACAUUUUAUUCAAAUUGGCACCUCUGUCCACGCAGAUAAGCAAGAUGCAUUAUCAAAGUUCAAGGGACACAUUCCAGCUAGGCAAAAAUACCUGAGGUACAAAUAUUGUACUCUCUGGACCUCUCAUGGAGGAGGUUCAUGAAGAAGGGCCUCAGCUGAUGAUUGCAGGAUCUGGGUUGGUUCAUCUGGGGAGAGGGGGUCCUUGAGCUAUUGUGCCUGCAAGUGCAGUCAAGAAACAUUCCUUAGACCCUGGGACAUUUGAUGUUUCCUUUUUGGUUGACACAGAACAUCCUAGCUGAUAAAGCGGUGUUAUGAAAGCUUGUAAAAAAAUCCAUAGAUUUCUUAUCUAGAGAUAUUAUCUAUAUACAACCUUCUUUCUCCUUUUCUGCCUUUCUUCCUGGCAUCCUGAAAAACAAAAGACAAAGAAGUUCCCGUGAUAAGCUUGCUUUGUGUGCCAAAGGCUUUCUACAAAAUUCAGUAAAGUUAGUAAACAGUCUCUGCCUCCAACUUACUUUAUUGAUAUUGAAUUGGCUUUUUUUUUUUACAAACUGGCUAUUUAAAAAAAUAUUGAUGGUAAAUCUCCAAUAAAUCUAGGGGAAGGGGAAGGGGUUAGUCAGUAGAUUUCAGGUAUCCAGUCCUCCUUAGAUCCAUUUUGAAUUGAACUACAUACUCUGGAGUCUGGCCAGUUUUGAAAUUGCCCCAAUGUUUCCUGGAGCCAUUGCCCUCAUGCCUUUCUUUUUGCAGCUUACUAGUACAUGGGAAGCAGUGUGGAUGACUCAGACAAAUGCCAUGGCUACAGCUGUGGUCUUGGAUAAGAGGAAUAUAUUGCUAAGAACCAUGGGAAAUUUAAUCAAUAGCCUUGUUCCCAACACAGUUAAAUUUUGCUCCAAGCAGCACCUCAGUUCCUGCAACAUGAAGGUGAGAAGGGUUUCUAGGAAAGCUGAAACAGGGAUUGAGGCUGCUAGUCCCAGGAAUAGAAUGUCUUCACUGGCUAACAGGGCCAAAUCUGCCUCAGACCCAGUCUGGCUCAGUUUUAAUCUCAUUAUUCUGAAUAAUAAUAAUAAUAAUAAUAAUAAUAAUAAUAAUUUCUACCUGCCCAUCUGGCUGGGUUUCCCCAGUCACUCUGGGACGUUUCCAACAAAAUAUUAAAAAUUCAAUAAAACAUCAAACAUUAAAAACUUCCCUAAACAGGGCUGCCUUCAGAUGUCUUCCAAAAGUCGGAUAGUUGUUUAUUUCCUUGACAUCUGAUGGGAGGGCUUUCCACAGGGUGGGCGCCACUACCGAGAAGGGAAAUUUUCUAGGAAAAAUAUGGAUGAACCAAUCACUGUUUGCAACCAUAGACUGAUAGAUGGUUUGAGUGCAAGAAUGGUUUUGCAUCUGUAUUUGUUUUUUUUUAUUAAUUUUUUAAAUAUUUAUUUAUACAACAAGAAAAAAACACACACCAAAAAACACAAAUACCAAAUUACACACAAAUUACAAAAAUAACCAUAGACACAUAAUUUUCUUGGCAAACAAUAAAACAUCUAUUGGUCUUAACACUAAAGACCCAACUUCCCGUCUAUUCCAUAUUUCAAAUUCAUAUUACUUAUUGCCAAUACACAUUUUUUUCAUAAUUAAACUUAUUCUCAAUAAAUCUAAUUUCUUCUAUCUACCUAGCAACUAUCACUGAAGUUCCUUGAAUGCUGCAACAGAAUUUAAACUACUAUAUUUAUUUUUCAGAUAUUCUUUGAAAACCUCCCAUUUAGAAACAAAUUCCUGUUUUGAUUUAUUCUUUAUUUUUUCUGAUAAACCAUCUAAUUCGGCAUAUUCUGUCAGCUUUUGGAUCCAAUCUUGUAUAGAGGGGAUUUCAUUACUCUUCCAUUUUGCUGCGAUCAAAAAUCAAGGUUUUUUGAGGUUUUGCACCUGUAUUUGAAUGUAAGUUAUUGGCAUGCACACUCAUUUUUCUUUGCAUCUCCUACCUCAGUAGGAUUUGGAAACAUCCACAUCUAUUUUACCAGCAUUGCGGAAACAACUUAUUACCUUUAUCCUGAUACUUCCUAUGAAUAAAGCUGGCCAAUUUACAUACACAUUUGAAGGGGAUGCCCAUGAUACCAUGUACGAUGCCUGUGAUAAUUGCAGUAGGUAUGGCAUCCAUUUAGCAUGUGCAGGAAUGAUGUGGUGUUAAAUAAUGACCCUCUCGAGUCUGAUUUUUUAGUUUUUGAGAAACAUAAAUAUGUAAUUGUGCACUGACUUCAGCAAGUCUUUCCUGCUGUCUCAAUGGUGUGAGAAAAUGCCUCCUGGGUGAUCUGCAGACUUCCAAAUACAUAAAACUUGCAAUAUGCUAGGAUCCUUAAUGCAUAGUUUUGCAUAUUGAGUGGACAUAGAUACAGUGGUACCUCGGGUUACAUACGCUUCAGGUUACAGACUCCACUAACCCAGAAAUAGUACCUCGGGUUAAGAACUUUGCUUCAGGAUGAGAACAGAAAUCGUGCAGCAGCGGCGCAGCAGGAGGCCCCUUUAGCUAAAGUGGUGCUUCAGGUUAAGAACAGUUUCAGGUUAAGAACGGACCUCCAGAAUGAAUUAAGUAUGUAACCAGAGGUACCACUGUACUACAUUUUAAUCUUUAGACAUGAAAAUGUGAAAGCACACCUCUGCUGGUGCGUGAGGAGAGUUGUUCUUCUGCAGACUAUUUGGAAGAAUAAGGAGAUAGAAAGAGACUCUCUUGCCUCCAUUUUAUGUAUAAUCUAAAGCAGAUGGGGAACCUGGUGGCCACAGUGUGAUGGACUACAACUUCCAUCAGCCCCAGCUGGCAUGUCCAGUGGUCAGGGAUUGUGAGAGUUGGAGUCCAAUAGCAUUUGGAGCAACAUAGACUCUUUACCCCUGUAAUACAGGAACUUGCAGCCCUGGGUCUGGUAAGUGCCUGGACAAAAAAUGCUAUUGUAAUAUAUAGCACCUUCAGUUUCAUAAUGGAAGAAAGGCAAGAUAUUAAUGCAACAGAUGAAUAAUAAUUUACAAGAAUUUACUACGUAGUUUCUAAAAGGUCAAGCUAGCUACAAGGCCAAUUCUGAAUGCAAAUGCUCUCUGAACCAUUGCUUUACCACUAUCUGCAUUUAUUUACACACAUGCAGGAUGAACACAGAUGGAAACACUCAACUUAAACAGGCUGUUUCCAGUCUGCCUCACAUUGCAAGCCUAUUCCUCAUGUCACACACAGACACCUUGAUUACAUUUGGUUGGGAAGGGGAUAUUUGCUAGCCCUUCAGAAGGCCAGAUAUUGAGAUUCACAGCCAGCUAUUUAGUUCCCAUGACAACAUAUUACCUGCAAUUUGUCUAGCAAUAGAUUAUGCCAGGCUCGACCUGGACAACUGGCUUGACCACUUCAGCAGUCCUAUUCUUCUCUAGAUCUCAAACAUAAAACCAUACUUGGAAAGAACUUUGGAGGUCACCUAGUUCAACUCCCUGCUCACAAUAAUAUGAUCACACAAGUAGAGAGGAAACAGUAGAUAGGAGGCCAAGGUCAUUCAGAAAAGAAUUUGCUAAUAGAUGGGUCUCAUGGCUCAAAGUGUUUCUUCAAAGCCCUCAAAGCCUUGUUUAUAAGAUGCACUUGUUCGCUUAGAAAACAAUUGUCCAAAAUAAAACAAAGUAAUCUGCUGUUACCUUACAGGUACGGUGUCACUUAUAUCCCUGGCUGUGCUUUCGUAUGAACGCUAUUGCACCAUGAUGGGUACAACUGAAGCUGAUGCCACAAACUACAAGAAAGUAUGGCUGGGAAUCUUCGUGUCCUGGAUGUAUUCUUUAUUCUGGACCUUGCCACCACUUUUUGGAUGGAGUAGCUAUGGACCAGAAGGACCAGGCACGACAUGUUCAGUUAACUGGCAUUCACGGGAUGCUAACAAUGUAUCUUACAUAAUUUGCCUCUUCGUCUUUUGCCUUGUCCUUCCUUUUAUCAUUAUUGUUUACUGCUAUGGGAAGCUGCUGUGUGCCAUAAAGCAGGUGAGUGAGUUUUUCAAUCUUUUCGACAGAGUGUCAGUGUGUUGUGGUGCAUACAAUGGCAAGUCAAAGUCAGAUCAAGGUACAUGCAGGUCCCACUUACUGAACACAAUGCUUUCCCUGGAAUUCAUUCAUUAGAUGAGCAUUUGUAUGAGUCCACAGUUUCCAUUGAUUUCUAUAGGAUCAUUUCUCAUAUAGGAUUUGUCCAAUCUCCCUACCCCCUCUCUCCAUGGUUUCUUCCUGAAAUGACUGCAGCCAACUAGCAAAAGAGAGGCAAAGGAAAAACUGAUUUGUGGAUUUUUGUAAACGAUCAGGGAAUUAGCCAGACCUGUGUGUACAUGGCAGAAACAACCAGGACCUUGGACAGCUCCAAAGGGGCUCCUCUGGCUGAAACAUUUUCCUCCAAAGAUGCUUAUCUAAGUGGAGAACUAGAUCCUAGUGAAGUUUGGCAAACGCAAGUCAAAAUCAGAUCAAAAUAGGCUGGAGUGCAGUAGACUACCUCCCUGGAGGUAAUGGCUGGGUGGUUAAAGGGCCCUAAUCUUAUUUUACAGUACAGUAUUUGACUUCUGUAAGGCUGGGGAGAAAGAGGUACUGCAGGGGACUCAUCCUCUGAGUCAAAGGUGGUGGCAGUUCUGUUCCCUUUAAAGGAAAUGGCAUUUCCAGUAGUCCGAGUCAUAUGAACAUUUUCCUUUUGCUGAAGAUGCACCAUGAAAGCAAUAAUAAUAAUAAUAAUAAUAAAUUUUAUUUCUAUCCCUCCCUCCCCAGCCGAAGCCGGGCUCAGGGCGGCUAACAACAAUAAAACAGUACAAAAGUACAGCACAAACAACACUAUAAAAUCAUUCAUUAUAAAAUUAAUUAAUUCAAGCCACUGGCAACCAUUGGGCCAGAGCUCCGCGAAGAUUGCCGAGGGAGGGAGUCAGGCUGUGCCCUGGCCAAAGGCCUGGUGGAACAGCUCUGUCUUGCAGGCCCUGCGGAAAGAUGUCAAGUCCCGCAGGGCCCUGGUCUCUUGUGACAGAGUGUUCCACCAGAUCGGAGCCACGGCCGAAAAGCCCUGGCUCUAGUUGAGGCCAGCCUAACUUCUCUGUGGCCUGGGACCUUCAAGAUGUUUUUAUUUGAAGACCGUAAAUUUCUCUGUGGGGCAUACCAGGAGAGGCGGUCCUGUAGGUACGAGGGUCCUAGGCCGUAUAGGGCUUUAAAGGUUAAAACCAGCACCUUAAACCUGAUCCUGUACUCCACCGGGAGCCAGUGCAGCUGGUAUAGCACCGGGUGAAUGUGAUCUCGCAGCGAAGACCCCGUAAGGAGUCUCGCUGCAGCAUUCUGCACCCGCUGGAGUUUCUGGGUCAGUCUCAAGGGCAGCCCCACGUAGAGCGAGUUACAAUAAUCCAGUCUGGAGGUGACCGUCGCGUGGAUCACAGUGGCUAGGUCAGGGCGAGAGAGGUAAGGAGCCAACUGCUUAGCUUGGCGGAGAUGGAAAAAUGCCGCCUUUGUUGUAGCUGCAAUCUGCGCCUCCAUGGAAAGGGAGGUGUCGAAGAUUACACCCAAACUCUUAACGGACGGUGCUGGCAAAUGAUUUAUUUGAAAUAAGAGUCUUUAUAUGGUGAGCAAACUAAAAUUAAACACUAAAAGGGCAAAUGUAAAGAUAAGAUUGAGUCAGUGUUGGAGCAAGUAAAUAUGUUAACAUAAUAAUAAUAUCUGAAGGAGCGUCUCCACCCCCAUCGUUCUGCCCGGACACUGAGGUCCAAUACCGAGGGCCUUCUGGCAGUUCCCUCACUGCAAGAAGCCAAGUUACAGGGAACCAGGCAGAGGGCCUUCUCAGUAGUGGCACCUGCCCUGUGGAACGCCCCCCCCAUCAGAAGUCAAAGAGAAGAACAACUACCAGACUUUUAGAAGACAUCUGAAGGCAGCCCUGUUUAGGGAAGCUUUUAAUGUUUAAUAGGUUAUUGUAUUUUAAUAUUCUGUUGGAAGCCACACAGAGUGGAUGGGAAAACCCAGCCAGAUGGGCGGGGUAUAAAUAAUAAAUUAUUAUUAUUAUUAUUAUUAUCAGUCCAUUUACAAGUAUUGAGACUAAGAGUCUAUAAAGUAAACUUGAUUAAAAAGCAAUUCUCUCCCCAACCCGCCCCCCUGAACAAUAAUUCCACAAACAAUAACCACUGUGGACAGGUCAGUAAACUUUAAAGGCAAACUAUUGCCAAUUUCAUGGAAAAGUCAUGAUUUAGAAUAAAGGAUAGAGCAACAUCAAGAAGAAUAGGUGUAAUGCUGUGGAAACAUUUAAAUUGUGUGGAAGAUCACAUAAAAUGUGAAAAUCAGCCAGAAAGGAAACAUUGGGAAGAUGGACUAAAGAGCUGUCCUAAUGCAGCCACAAUCUUCCCUCACCCCUAGUCAUAUUUUUUUCUACGUUAAACAGCCCUUGACUGUUUGAUCAACUUCCACUUUGACUCCCCACCCUCAUUUUGUUGCAAAUUGAAUUCAUCAGAAUUCAUGGCCUUUUCAAUUACCUUCAUUUAGUACUUCUUUUUGCAAAUGCCUUCUCUUAUUUCAUAGCAAGCCACCUUAACUUUGCUGUUGUAACCAUAGUGAAAUUGACUUGAUCCAGUUUGGUAUUUUGUUUGUUUUCAAUUGGUGAAAUGACACACUUCACUGAAGCCUUCAACAUGAGUUUAUAAAUAGCCUUCAUAUCUCCUGACGUGAUUUGCCGCUUGUAUAUGUGCAUCUUUGCUUCCUUUUAACUUUACCAUUUCAUAUCUGAGUAAUUUCCCCCAUAAAAUAUAAAUACAAUGGAUCUGGAUUGUCUACACAAGGUUGCCACCCACUCACAUAAAUAUUGAAUCCUUUGCAAUGGUUGCUGCUGUUACAAGUGGUUUGACAAAACUUAACCCCUUACAAUGGCUCUUGAUGCUACUUAUGAAAGUGGUGGAAAUGAAUUCAAGAUUCUUAUUGUGUGGCUCAGAGGUGGAAGGAUGAGUGCAGGUGGGGGAAUCUCAUCAUGGAAAGAUGAACAACAACACAUCUUCAUUUGUUUUGAGAUCCAUGUGUAAAUCCUACUUUGCAGAAGAGAUUCUGGGCACUCUUCAAGUAAUGGAUCCUAUUUGCACAGUGGAGCUCCCCCACCUUUGCUCUGCCAUACACCCCUUAAAAAAGUUCUGGGGUUCCGCAAUGCACCAGAGCAGAUUGGGGGGGGGGCAUGGGGAGGAGCAGAGGGAAAGUUAUGUUGCACAAGCACAAAUACUUGCACUGAAGGGACAUGUUAAUUGGAUACUGCCCUCCCAUUCCAAUUUCCUUUCCCACAUUCUCGUGGAGUGGGGUGGGAGGGCCGGACGAAAUCACCUCCUGAUUUCAUCCUGCCUGCUCUGGCCUACUAGCAUUCUCCGUUCCUCUAUGUGCUGAACUUAGCUUCUUUCAUAGCCUGGAUCCAGCAUUUGUUCAUGACAACCACUUUAUAAUAUCAAAAAGAGAAUGGUAAAAUGCUCUGCGCACAGAAAAAGGCAACAGAAAUGGAGGUGCUCUUAAUAAUUAUGUGGUGUGUGGCCCAUAUACUUUUUAACAAAAAGAGCUGGUAGUACUGCAGAAUCGCAAUAACAAGGCCAUUUGGCUUGAUUUGGUUCAAGACUGGAGAAAGGGUACAGGAGAAUAUAAGCUUUGACAGCACAAUCCAAACCCAAGAGCCUACAGGUUGAGCAAGUUUACAAGAGGCUGUAACUUCCUCAUCCCAGCUCAGCCAGAGAUACACUAGACAUAAGUCUCUCAAGCUGGCUGAGCUGGAGCUGUGAUGGCUUAGCCCGUGGAACUGAAGCCUGUGGAAUUUACACCAUCAGGCAUGGGACAGGGCAAGGAGAGACUUAGCAACAUGGUGGAAUUUAUGCUCGAAAAAAGGAUAGUCUAACUCUAUUUUAAAGACUGGCUCCCUGUCAUUUUCACUCAUGGAUUGUGAAUGGUUGAUGCAACUGUUUCAGGACAUCAAGGUUUCUGUGAUAUGUCCUAUACAGGUGUAUCAAGACAAUAGAUCCUGUUUGGCUUUGUUGAACUCAGAGAAUUGCAAGCAAAGAACCAAAUACUUGCAGAUUAAGUUACAUCAUGCAAGAGAGUUUAUUCAGAAAGGGCUCAUUCAAGUGUCCUACAUGCCAGGAAAUGAAAUUCCUGCAGAUCUGUUGUCUAAGGCUGUUAACAGAGAACAACUUAAGGUUUAUGUACAGCGUUUGCAAUUGGAUUGAACCACAGGUACUACAGGUUACACGGAAAGGGGGAGGAUGUUAGAAUAUAGUUCCAUUCCACCUUUAGAACAGGCAUGUGGAGUUGUUGUAUGUCGCAUGUCUGUUUACUUCCAGCACAGUCUGCUGGGAACUUUCGUUGUAUAUAGCUUUUGCCUAUGCUUUUUGCUUGGACACGAAGGGAAGCAGACAUGUUUUUCCUUUGUCCUGCUGCUGAAUAAAUGUUUGUAAAUAUGCUUACAUAUGCCUCUGUCCGCCACUUCCGUUGUGAAGUUAUUCACUCUGCUGAUUAGAGCGUGCUCGAGUUUCUGAAGGCUUCUGAAGCUGUGUGCCACUGUUUGAUGCUGUUCCAAGGGAGACUGGAGUUCGCCCAGCUGCCAAUUGCCCCCCAUUCCCAGGUCGCAUCUCAACAGCUGGGACCUGCUCAGACAACAGUAGCUCCGCUGUUGAACAGAGCUUGGAACAGGGAUAACUUACACCACUUUUACGUCAACGAGCUGACAUUCCAACAGCUUCUUAUAUUUAGGAUUGCCCUACCUGGUAUAUUUGAGGCUCCAGUCAAAGGAAGCCCACAAGCAUUCUGUCAGGGGAAGCAGCUGAAAAGCAGUGAUCCAUUUGUCUGAUUAUUGGUUUGGUGAUGCUAGAUUGUCUCAUAUCAGCCACAGGUGGGGUGGGUGGGUUAUGUUUAUUAAUUUUGUAUAAAAACAUCAGUGUAUGCAUGUGAGCCGAAAAGGAACACACGUACAAACACACCAUCUUUUACUCUCCACCCACACUACAACAAAAGCAGCUGCAAGCAUGCUGUGCUCCCAGGGACUGUCUGGCAAUGGCACAUGAGCAAAGUCAAGUGCAAAGCAGAACAAUUUUCUGCAUAUUUGCAGAAUGAAAAAUAGCUGUUUGCAGUGUGGAGGAGGCAGGCUGCAAGACACAUAAUGGAAAGCAGAAGAUUCAUGGUAUGUGUGUGUGUGAGAGAGAGAGAGACUGUACUAAAGUGCAUCAGCUAUAGAUUUUUUGAGUUACUUUCAUUUUAAAGGAACACCCAAUGGCUUACUAUGGGGGGGGGGGAGAACCCAAAGACUAGCAACUAAAUAGAAUUGUAGAGUUCAUACCAUUGAAGGUUCUAGGGGGCCGAAAAACACCCCCCCAAGCAUCACCCUCUGGAAAAGUCUGUCCAGUUAUGAAACAUACCAGGAACGUAGGGCUGUAGGCCAAAGGAGUUUCUGCAGAUUGUUAGCAAGAAGCAAAAAACAAAACAAAGGAAAAGAUAAAUGCUAACAAAAUAUUAAAACAGAUAGAAUAAAGAAGCUGCUUAAUUGUUAAUCCUGUUCACACAGUUGUGCAAUUACAGGAAUGAAAAUACUUGUAUCAAUCAAUUAACCUCUCAUGCAUAAAUUGCAAAGAGGUUUACCUCACUGCCUUCCAAAUUAACAAAAUCCCUCUUUGGGAACCGCGGUUUUGAAAAUGAAAAAUAAAAAUAGAUCAAUUGUUUGUUAAGUGAUCAGCAUGCUGACAAGCUCUUGCUCUAGUUUUCCUUUUAUAAUUGAGGCCCUAAAAAUAAACACAUUUCUGCCUUAUGGAGAGUUUUAGUGGUUCAACUGCUCAGGGGAUUGUCCUUGGUAAAUGAAGCUGAAAAGUCGCUAUGUGGCUCAUUUCACAUGGUGAAUAUGAGAAACGGUAGAUGGGAGCUGUGCCCUAAAUGAGCCAGGGCCCAUCCCCCAGGCCCUGAAAAGACACAGCUGCAUUUCUGAGGUGAAGAAAAGAAAAGGAGGGAUACAGGCGGAGGAUGGAGGCUUCCUGAUGCUGCUUCGCACAAUGCAGACCUAAAAGGUAUGAUACAUCAGGUGGGCCUAGAUUCAUGUUUUUUCUAUUCCCUUCAGCAGGGCAACAUUAUCUCUGCAAGGCCCAGGGGUUUGAGGUUGUUGUUGUUUUAGCUUCUGCAAGCUUUGGGAUUCAUUCCAUUUUGCCAGUACUUCUCUCUUGAGUGUAUGGUGCCAUGCUCAAAGAACUGAGUUUGCUAUUUGUGUAUGAUGAUUGAAGUAACAUGACCAAAUAGCAGUUGGGAGCGUGAGCAGCACUAACAGUAAAGGGGAUGAAUACUUCACCUCUGUUUCCAUGUCUCCAUUGUUAGCAGAGUUACUUGAGUAACGCAGAGAGAAAAUCCUGGUAGACAUUUACUAGACAAACUGAACAAAACUGUAUGUAACUUAAGCAGAAAGAAAUAGAGGGUUUUUUUUAGCUUUUUUGACAGGCAUUGCUCAGAGCAGGAAGGCAUUCAACUAAACAUCUGCAAGAAAACUCCCGCACAGCUAGACAGCCUAUCAGAGCAUGUGCUACCUCACUAAAGAUCAUGCCAUCUUCCGUCCCUGCUUGCUAUGCAACACUGCCACCCUCUUGGCUCAUUGACUUACUGACAACAGAAUUAUCCCUUAAGUUACACACUGAAUGAUCUCUGCUGUUGCACCUCCAACACCCACGCUGCAAAUCUCCAGAAUGCCCCACCAACUUUAUACCCUGCGACUGAAGAGCCUUUUUUGUUUUUUGUUUUUUAAGGGCUGCUUCUAGUUUCUUAAGGAUGCACUCAAAGAUUUACUUUACUGACAACUAACAGAGCAUUGGUUUGUGAAAUUAUGGAUUUCUGAGUGCCAUUCUCCCUCUGCAUGUGCCGCUACACUGAGCAAGACCUAUUACUUAGAGGCAAAGGCCACAGUCCUAUGGGAAUCACACAUUAGUCACCUGUAACCUGGAGUCAGAGUGCUUUUCUCUUGCCAAAUGUGUGGGAAGGAUUAGAGUCUAGUUACUAUUAAGGGAACAGAGAACAGAGGAAAGAGCUACACUGGCAAUUUCCUAUGCAGCUGACAGCAACUAUUGUGCUCCAGCUACAUACCUCUCAUUUGCUGCCCAGGAUCAGGUGCUGACAUCUGUGCACAGAGCUGCCUUAUCCUCUUCUUUCCUGGUUCAUGAGUACCAAAAAAACACAUAAUAAUAAUAAUAAUAAUAAUAAUAAUAAUAAUAAUGGAGCAGGAGGAAUAGAGAGAUAGAUAGAAAGAGAUCGUUACUGGAAAGGGUGCAGAAAAAGACAACCAAAAUGGUCAGGAGACUGAAACACCCUCCCUUUGGGGAAAGUCUGAUGCUUUUUAGUUCAGCAGAAAGUUGAGUAGAUGGAGACGCACGUGGCGUGAAGAAAGCAGGUAAGGAUACAUUUUCUCUCCUCUCUCAUAACAGUGGGGCCUGCUGUCAUCCCCCCCAAAAUAGAAGUACUGUCGUACCUUGGAAGUCGAACGGAAUCCAUUCCGGAAGUCCGUUUGACUUCCAAAACGUUCGGAAACCAAAGAGCGGCUUCCGAUUGGCUGCAGGAGCGUCCUUAUUCACACAACACAUGGUUCCCUUAUGGUAGUAUACCCUCCAAGUGUCCUGAUUUUCCAGAGACAGUCCUGGAAUUAUGAAAACCAUCCUGGCUUCUGAUUUGAUCCCAGAACGACGAUGAGCUGGCAUUUGCCCCAAGCGAGAGCGGUGGCGGCAGUUGCGAGGUAGCAUCCUGUUGCCAUUGCCUCUCCAUGGCAACCACUGUCAGCCUCCUCUCUUGGGCAGUUCAUAGCGGCUGCUGGAUCGUGGGCAAGGAGGAGGAGGAGAGGCUACUGCCACUGAAGCCCAGCUCUGAAGGCAAGGCCGUCCUGGGUGGGAAGAAAGGGGGAGCACAGCACAAGUUAAACCAACACUAUCUUCUUCCAUACAUUUAAUCUUGCAUUCAUAAAAUGCUUUACGAAAGAAGCCUAAACUGCCUCAAUUAACAGUAUCCUUUGUUUAUUGCAAGGCACUCCAUUGAGAGCAUUCAUGGUUUAGUUUCGGAGCUGAAUUACACACACAGUAGUGUAGUGGCAGAAAAUUUCAAGAGAUUAACACACAGUUGAUGUCCUGCGAAUAUUUUGGUGCUCAUGGAUUCCUUUGUAGUAGGUAAAGUAGCCUUCCUGAACUUUGCAUCUCAGUUUAUUCUCUAAAUCUGGCAUUUGCAUGAACAUGAGAAAUUACUUAAAAUGCUUCAGCAACAGAUAUCAGGGUAGUUGUUUUAAACCAAUUAACAAUUAAAUUUCAUGAGUGUUUGCUUUACAGGGAUUGGAUUCACACACAUGUUUUCAUUAGCAAUGGUUGCAGCUUUGAUUUGAACAAUCCGUUCUACACCUCAUCCUCAUUCUGCUGGCUGUUCUGCAGGCAGUGGGCUGCUCAGUGACAGGCAAAUGCCAGUGGAAGGCACCUUGAGGGGUAGAAUUAUCCCUUUGGUGUCUUCCCUUUUGGGAUGCCAUUGGGGCCAAGGCAUGCACCCAGAUAGUGGCAGACAGAUGAUGGAAGUACCCUGAGGGAGAGGCAGGGAAGAGACGAUCUGCCAGUGUGCAGUGGAAUUCCUCUUCCUCCAAAACAAUGACAGUCUGGAAGUGACCAUUGUUGCCAUAGAAAUCUUUAGAGAUGUAUCUGAAGUGUAUUAUGGUGCUUAUAUUGAGCAUGUGUAUAGCAUGUGGUGAAUGUUGUGCAUAAACACACAGGCAUAUACUCUCCUGUGGAACUGUGGAGUUUUUCUUACUAUCAGAGAUUUGCCCCUUCAAUCCAGAAGUAUUGUCAAGCAUCCAGUUUGAAUUGAAUUUAAAUUUCAUUCUUAAACUGGACACUUCAGAUACUUCUGGAAUAUUUAAAGGGGUUGUUGCUCCCAGCAAUAUGGGAGAGGCAGCUUUUCCUGGUACUCCAAUGGCAAGAAAUGGCCCCCUGUGCAGUUGGAGGAACUUCAGCUACACCCAAACAGCAAUGCCUUUUUGCAGCUUGAAGUGACAUGGCUGACAUGAAUGGAGUCAUGUGGUAACCACAAUAUGGUUUGGCAUAAAAAGUGGGACUGCUUUCACACCUCUGCACCUAAGUAGCAAUGGGCAUGGCCUCUAUAGUGACAGUUGCAAUGGCAUGUACAUUCAGCCGGGGCCGGCCAACUCAUGAGGCGAGAUGAGGUGACCACCUCAGGCAAGAUCCACAAGGGCAGCAGAUCCCAAUGUAGAUCUUUAUUCUUGCAUUGUUCCUGAUUUCAAUCCUCACUCCCUGCUUCUUCCCUGCUGGGGAGAGGGCUGCCAUUUUGUGGUUCGUCUCAGGUGCCGAAAUGUCUUGGGCUGACCCUGCAUUCAGCAUUGCUUUUUAAAACAAACAAACAAACAAACAAACAAACAAACAAACAAUUUUGGGUGUGUGCACUGAAACACCCACCCACCCAGCCACCCACCCACCCACAAAAGCCAAAUAGAACUCAGCUUAAGGUUCAUUUUCAAAAUUUUAAAUGUAAAUAGCUGCAACAUGCUAUUCUUAAUUUCAUUAAUAUUUUUAAGUCCCUUCUCUGCCUUAUAUACUUUCAGUUUGUUUGCUAAUGAAGACACAGAGUUUUGGUCAUAAUUGUCUUGCUUUGCCUCAGCUGAAUUUAACUUCUGUAUUGUCAAAGGUUUGGACACAGAGGCUUGAAUUUUAAGUUGGUCAAUUUUUGCUAACUGUCCCCUCCAUUAACAUUGCCUCCUGUACCCUGUCCCAAAUCCCUCAGAGGAAAAGGGGAGCAGGAAAUGCCUUUUCCAUGGAUGGAACUUUGUUCUGCCACUGAUGGGAAGCUGGGAUCCAAACCAAGAACUCCACUAUGCUGCACACUUUUCAAAGCAUAAACUUGGAGGAAACAAAUCUUCCUCUCCAUCUGAAACUCCAAUAUCUUUUCUGCAUCCAAUCUCAUCUGAAACAUUAAUUGACUGAUUUAAAAGACAUAAUCCUAGACUGGAACAAUUUAUCUAUAAGCAGCAAUUUGUCUUGCUUGACAAGAUUGUUGGCUGCUUAUAAAUACAGAGAUUGUGUCUAUUUUUUCAGACGCGAACAGCUCAUUUUAUCUUUAUUUCACUUUAGUUGCAAACUUUAGGACUCUGUCAUCCAGUGGUCUGAUGCAGAAUAAUUUCCUGCAAGCGACUCCCUGGGAAUACUAGAUCAGACUAGAUUACAUUCAUGCUAUAAUAUAUACUCUCUAAAAUGUUCAGAGAGAAGUAAAUUGGUUUCAUAUACUUUCAGAUAGAAAGCUCAUAUUUUAAACUGUCCAUUGGGUUAUUGCUUUGCUUUGAGGAAAAGGCUGGAAUGCAAAUAAAUAAAUAAAUAAAUAAAUAAAUAAAUAAAUAAAUUCAUUCUAUUGUUCGUACCCCCCAUCUUUUUUUUAUUUAAGAUAUUUAUUGAAAUUUUCAAAGUGUUACCAAAUAAAAUAAAAGCAGUAGAAAAUACAAAAUAAGAAUAAUUAACAAAGUAGAAAAAGAAAUAAAAACAAACCCCUUCCAACCGUAUGGAUACAAAUUCAAAAAUAAGAAAAAGUGACAAAAAAUAAAAAAAAUAAAAAAGAAGAAAAUAUAGAAAUACAUCACACACAAUUAAAAAACAUUUAAAAACAAAUUCAUUAUUCUCAAAUCCUCAACUGUCAUUACCUUCUUUCUUUGACCUCCUCCUCCUCCCUUUCUUUGUAUCCUAGUUAUUAAUUAUCCCAGCAAAUCCUUUCCAUAUUUCAUAAUAUUCUGUCAUUACAUUACCCUAAACUAUUUUAAUCUUAUCUUUCUAUAAUAAAAUAAACCUUAAAGCUUGAAACUUAAAUCUUAUCCUUACCAACUUCUCAUAACCAUAAUAUUCUUUCAUAAUUCUUUAAACAUCUUUACUAAAGCCAAGUAAUUUCAUUCCAACAUUUUUCUAACAUUCAUCAAUUUUAUAAAACAGUUCUAAUGGUAGAAAAAAGAAAUACAAACAAAUCCAAUCUUCAUCCAACGUCCCUUCCUCCUGGUUCCGGGUUUUGUCAGUCCUUAUUAUCCCGUCGAUCUAGCCCAUUAACCUGGCAGCCUUAUAUCCGAGGCCCUCAAGUCUCUUCCAUGUCCCUUCCGCAGCUCUUCUUCAUAUUUGUAACUGUGUUUUCCCUUGUCUCCUGCUCGUGGUAACUCCAGCUUGGCAAUAUUUUUAACCCUUCUCGACAGGUCAGCCCCUUUUCCAUAUUCAACACUAAAUUCCAUAUGGUAUUUAAAAGCAUGUUUCAAAGACCCUCCAAAAUUAAGAGCCCCCACAAUCCCAAACAUCUCACGGCCCAUUGCCAGAUUUGAAAAGUCCAAACAUCCCAGCAUAGGGGGGUCAAUCCAGCCCCCAUUUCCAAGCCAAACCAAACUUUUCCUUUCCAAAUCUGGUUUUUCCAAGUUCAUUUGUCAAAUCCGAAAACUCAUAUUCCUGUUGGGCCUGUUCUGUCAGGACACACUCCUGAUUUAAUUCCUGAGUGGGCUCCACAUAUUUUCCCACUGUCUGUUCAAAAUUUCCCACUGCCUGUUCAAAAUUUCUAGUCGAAGUCGCCAUCCAAUUCACCUUUUCAUGUAAUUGUUCCAGUAGGGCAUUUGUUUUAUAGAAAGCACACAACAAAGCUUCUGAAUACAUUGUCCUGCAAGGUCAAAUGCCUGUUCCCAGGAUUGUUAUCUGUAACAGCUGCCGGCUCCCUGGAGUUGGUUACAGUUACACAGUCUCCCUCUAGGGGGAAAACUUCUAUUUGUUCUUGCAACAAAGUUUCCCUUUUUGAGAUACUUUGUCAAUAUUUGUUGCUUAAAGAUGCGAAGGGAAGCAGUGGAAUCGCUAUGUUUCUCUUCUUUUAGCUAUCUGUCAAAAACGCUUGUCUCUGGUCAAUGAACUUCAAACGUCAGUCCUGACACCCCGCUCCAGGAUCAGGACGGAGGAAAGUUACUUUACUUUAAACUCACUUUAAACAGUCCGGAAAAGAUCCCCCCUGCUCCCGCUGUCGAAGGGGGGUCCACAAUUUUAAAUGAUGAAAUCCAAUCCUUUAAAGGCGAUUUUCUAAGCUCUAGUUUACGUUGUCUUUGCUUUAUUCUGUCUACAGAAGAACGGAAGGCUGACUUCCUGUUUAAACCUUCCUGUUCCGUACCAAAUUUAAAUAGGUUUUUAAAAUCCAAUUCCUUUCUGCUCGCAAGUCCUUAUCUAAUGUCCAGUUGUUCAAAGUCUAAGUACUCACGGGUGCUUAUUUUAGAGUCCGAAUUGUCCCAGGAAAAAGGCAGCACUGUGCGGCUUCGCUCCACGGAAAUAGCAGUUGACUCACAGCACCGCGCCACUUCCCCCUCUUCACUUCGGAGCCCGUUGGUGGGUUCCUUAGCGAGUUGGGGGGGCGCUAAAGGUGCCCGCCGAGUCCCAUGGUCACAGGCUUCAUCCGCCUGUGAUUUUUAAAAGGGUCCCCGCUUCGCCGUAGCGGAAAAGACCCGUUUCCCGCGGAGCUAGUCCCUCCUGUUCAGAGGGAGUCCGCCAUUGCCGAUGGCGCCACCCUGGAAGUCCGUACCCCCCCCCAUCUGACUGGCUUGCCCCAUCCACUUUGAGCAGCUUCCAAACAUAUAUAAAAGCAUAAUAAAACAUUAAAGCUUCCCUAUACAGGGCUGCCUUCGGACGUCUGUUAAAGGUUAUGUAAUUACUCAUCUCCUUGACAUCUUCUGGAAGGGUGUUCCAUAGGGAAGGUGCCACUACUGAGAAGGCGCUCAGCCUGGUUUCCUGUAACUUUACUUCUCACAGUGAGGGAACUGCCAGAAGGCCCUCAGAGGAGGAACUCAGUGUUCAGGCUGAACAAUGGGGGUGGGUGGAGAGGAGACAAUCUUUGAGGUAUACUGAGCCGAGGCCAUAUAGGGCUUUAAAGGUCAGAACCAACACUUUGAACUGUGUUUGGAAACGUACUGGGAGCCAAUGUAGGUCUUUCAGGACCAGUCUUAUAUGGUUCUGGCAGCCACGCCUAGUCACCAGUCUAACUGCUGCAUUCUGGAUUAGUUGUAGUUUCUGAGUCACCUUCAAAGGUAGCCCCAUGUAGGGCACAUUGCAGUAAUCCAAGUGGGAGAUAACCAGAGCAUGCACCACUCUGGUGAGACAGGCUGGAUCUAGACACAUCAAAGAAACGUUUCAGUUAAAUGCGUUGCAAACUUUGUAUGAGAAAUCGGGUUAGCAAAAAUGGAACUCUACAGCUCCAUCUGGUGUCACAGUGUUAGAAUGCAUAAACAACACCAAAUGCACCUUUUCUUUGCCAAUGUAGCUGAGUCCACAGUGUGCGGGCUGGUAGGGUCUCAGCCGAUGUACCAGAUAGAGCUGGUAGACUUUAAAUGCAUACUUUAAAACUGGGCAGAAUUUUUUUCCCCUUUCAGCAAUCAUAUUAAUUCAAAUUCUUUUAAAGUUGAAUAACCUCACAUUCUAUAAAAAGCCACAAAAUCGGUUCCCCUUAAUCCCCAUUGCAGACGACAUCCAGCUUUAAUUACACUGCAGGGAGCACAUUAUGUCAACGGAGGCAGGACUUGGUAUAUUGUGUCCGAUGUGGCGAAAGAAAAGGUGAAACUGGCAGGGUGCACCCAGUGCCUGCAUUCUUUGCUUUCUGCAUACUGUUUCCGACGCCUUCAAAUCCCUUUCUAUUUUUACCUUAUAAUAUUUCACUAAUCUGCUGCCUAGGGAAGGAUGAAACUACAGCUAAUAGAUGGGAAGUGACAGACACACACAAUGUAUUCAGUGAUGAAGGGACCCUGGGUCAACCUGGAUGGGCCCAGGUAGGAUGAGAGGAUGAUCAGCAUUAAUCUGGUGGCAUCAUUCCUAGAAGCUCAAACAACAGGCAGCAACAUGACUUCUACCUGGCAAUUUAUAGCACUAUGAUGCAGCUGUCAGGAAGGAAACAGGAGCCCUCAAACUACACCUACAAGAACAGAGCCUUACUAAAUUGUAGCCUAAUGGAUACUAAGAAAAAACAAACCGUUCAAAAUAUAUAAUGUUUGCACACAAAUAUUCACACAUCCUGGGCACGUCUGCACCUGGCAGUUGGUGAUGGGAACAAUUCACCAUUGAUCCAGGACACCAGACCCAGGAAUAAUUUGAGGAUGUGUCUAUGCAACCUUACUCCUCUUCAGGCAUUACAAUACACUGUUCACAGAAUAUGUGGAUUUUUGGGGGGAAAGUGGUGUGCGAUCAGUGCCCCAGCUCUGCCCUCUACUGUUAUUGUUUCUGUCACCCUCAGCUUAUGGAAAAUGAUGUGCGAAGUGCAGAUCUUCCUGUAUCUGCAGAGGUUUCCUACACAUUUUGGAAUCUGCUCCACAGUCAGGGCUGUCUUAACCCUGGGGUGCAAGGGGUGUGGGGCACCCGGGCGUCAAAUUCUGGGGGGUGCCAGGCACCCGCCACUGAAGCCGCCUAAGCUCUUAACUAUCUACCUGUUAUGAAAUAAUAAAUAAUUUUGAUCAAGCUAGAAAAACAAUAUAUAUAUAUAUACCUAGGUAUUACCAAAAUGUAUACCUACUGUUUCACUAAAGGACUUUUGACUUGGUGCACUCAUUUACCAAAGACGCGCCAUGCCAGCGACGGCGCUUGUCAUUCACAAUGGCGGUGCUUGUCAGACUCAACGACGGCACUUGUCAUUCUCAAUGGUGCCAUGCACGCGAAAUCAACUAAAUUUGGGGUUGCUGGGCAGAUAUUUGCACCCCGGCGGUGCAUAUGAGAAGACGGCCCUUUCCACAGUCAUCCUCUAAACUGAGAGUGAUGGAAAUGACAACUGGGAGGGGGGUGCACUGCACAAAAAUCUAGCACACUUCCCCACACUGGCCCCUCUCAUAUUUUGUGAAAGUAAUGGUCACAUUCCCACCAUACAUUUAAAGCGCUAGGAUACGCCUUUGAACAGUCAUGGCUUUCCCCAAAUAAUUCUGGGAGCUGUCAUCUGUUCAGAACUCUAAGAAUUAUAGCUUGCGGGGGGAGGGGGAGCAGUGGACCUCCUAACAACUCUCAACGCCUUUAACUGCAGCUCCCAGAAUUCUUUGGUAGAAGCCACUACUGUUUAAAAUGUAUCAUAGCACUUUAAAUGUCUGGUGGGAAUGUGGCUCAUGUCUGAAGAGGGUAUUGGAGUCAUUAAAAAAUCUGUUUUUAUAGGUAUGAAUUGCCUCGGGGGGGGGGGAUAUAUUAGGUGGGAUUGCUGAUCGCUUGGCCCUAAAAAUGCUUCAAGAAGAAGUUGCUUCUGACUGGCAAGGUCUGAGAAAAUAGAAUGUGCUCUUCCAAGAAGAUCUUCUUGAGAAGGUGCCCUCCCCCUUUUGAUUUAAUUUGUUGGGUGAUAUUUUGACAAGACCAAUUUCAGCAUGUUCCUCUGCUUCAUUGUAAAUACCAACAUUUAUUAAUGUUCUUUUCAAGGUGCUAUUUUUCUUAACUAAGCAAUUUAGCCUUUGUCUGGUGUGAUAGACUAUCUAGAGAAUUAUUUCAAAAGUAAAUAAGAAUGCUAUGUGCAGAUAAAUGGAAAUUAUACUUAAUGGGAAUCUUUUUCUAGCACGAUGCUUAUGAAAUGACAAAUUAAGCCUAUUUGUUCUCUGAUACUCUGAAUAGAAUAAAUUCAAUCCAACAAGCAGAAAUAGCUAGAUUAAUCACCCAAUUUUAGCCCAUUUUAGCUCAUCUAAUUUUAUUUCCAUUUUUAAAUAGUCAGUGCAUACUUGCUAAAGAUUUAUCCAGGGGAAUUCUCAUAAUAUUGCCACUCUUUCUCCUAGGAACUUGAUUGCUAAUGAACCUUUAACACGGAAAUGGCUCCUGGGAUGCCGCUUAUUAAGCACUCACAAAUAAAUAUAAUAUUGUUGCAGAAAGUAGUAAGGAGGAAAUGAUUUUAGGAUUGUGAGGUCAUCUUCCAGGAUGAUGUGUUUAGGUGCCCUUUCCAUUGAAAGCCUCAUGUUUCAUGAAACCAAUCAACUCAUUUAAAAGUUGAUCCCAAGACAUCUUGAUGCCUAAGGCAAAGCACCAGGUGACAUCUCUUCCCCAUUUCACAGACAGAAGCCAAUAGGACCAGCAGCUGAAUCUGAUUUCAACACUGGUGAAAGGUAGUAUCUUCUUCUCCACCUGAGGCAUCAGGCUAGUUUAGAGGCCUCAAACCAUGUGGCACAGACAGCUCUAUCCUCCAACAGAGCGGGGAGGGAAUGGUCCAGGGGCUCAGGAAUAACUGCCCUGGGGUGGGGAAGCCACUGUAGCACCAUCUCCAGCAUUUGCCAUCUGAGGCUGUUGUGACAUUCUGUCUAAUGGUAGGGCCAGGGCUGGUUGAACCCAUUCUUCAGGUAAUCAAGGUAUACAGGCUCGAAAGCUCUCAAAGCUUCUCCCCACUCCCCAUCUUUGAAAAUGAAUACAUUCAUACCUUGGUUUGCGAACAGCUUAGUUGCCGAACAAAUCGACUCCCGAAUGCUGAAAACCUGGAAGUAAGUGUUCUAGUUUUCAAAUGUUUUUUGGAAGCCGAAUGUCUGACACGGCUUCCGCUUGAGUGCAGGAAGCUCCUGCAGCCAAUUGGAAGUCGUGCCUUGGUUUUCAAAUGGUUUCGGGAGUCGAACGGACUCCUGGAAUGAAUUAAGUUAAAGAACGAAGAUACUACUGGAGCACCACUUCCACUCGCAAAAUUGCAGUGUUGCCACACUGUACAGCUACACUGUUUUAGGGUGGGGGAAAGGUUUCAUAUGUGGCCUUUUGGAGAUAAUGGAAUUGUCUUCCUGCUUUCGCAGAUCUGAGGAGGGUAAGAGAAGGUGUAAGAGAGUAAAAGUUUUUCGAUCAAAUGUGGCGCUGUGUGGGUGAUAAAGGCUGUCAGCAGCAAUUUGACAGAGGUAUUCUGUACAGGAAGGAACUUCAAGUGGUCUUUUCAACGAACGGCCUUGUCUUUUCAACGUCUUAACUGCCAGAGUGGACCUGAGAUAGUGGCAGUAGCCUACUAACCCCUGUACCAUGUUGGAAUUUGGAUAUCCUGAGACAUAGGCUAGGGUGUUUGCUUGCUGCGUGAGAUUUAGCAGCAGGCUUGGGGAAACCAUGUUUGAAGAAAUAGCAUUUUUAUUUUUGAAAUAAAACAAACCAACAAGGACCUCACACCCUCAGUGGAUAUGGAUGUGGACAAAUUGUUGGGGUGGGGGACAGAAUAUGGAGGGAUGGGUAGAGAUGGGAUGGAAUAUCCUGGUAAAGGGUAUGGCUGACUGGUUGGCAUCCUGACCAGGAACACAUUUUGUUGCAGUUCCCACUUGUUGAAGGUCAAAUAUUCCAUGACAAGCCAAAGACUAUUCAUCAUGUAAAUUCAUAUUUCCAAAAAGGUAUAACUGGACAAUCAUUUAGGCAGAACAGGACAGCACAGAUGAUUCAAGACUGCAUUUGUAACUUGAUGCUUUAGCUUUUCUAGCCGAUCAUUUUUUUAAACACAUUCAGUACAUGGCUAUUAAUAAUAAUUGGUUGCAUACACAAAGAGCUGUGCUUUGUAGCCUUGAUCUUAUUCACAUAGCACUCUGAGGAAUGCUGCUGUUAUCAGUGUUGUCUAAACUUAUUAACUAAUGCUAUAAAAGGUGCACUGUCACACUGUGUGAAUGAGCCAGCGAUGUCUCAAACCACAGGUUAAUAAUAGAUUCACUUCAAAUCUAAAAUCCAACAGGUUCAUUAAAAUCUUUCUUUAAAGAGGUGUGCUUGAGAACAUUUUGCUGCUCUUCAAAUUUGAUAUUUAUUGACAUUUUGAGAUAGCAUUGUGCAACACAAAAGCAAUUUAAGGCAGUCUAAGAUACCUAAUGAUUUGAGAAUGGCAGGAUUCUUCUGCGUUAACUUUUACAAACAGCACCACAAUAAGCAAGGUCUCAAUAAGCAAAUGGCUGCAACACACAACACCUGGAAGAAAAAUCAGUACCCUAUUCCCCUCCCCCAUUUAUUCAGUCAUUUCUAAAUGAAAACAUUAUUUUCUUCUUUGGGGAGAUUAUUUUUUAUUGUGUUCUGACAAAACAAUUUGCUUUAGCAAGUGAGUGUGUGUUGGGGCAGCAGAAAGAGGUGUGGGAACAAUUAACAAUUGACAUUUAAGGAGUCAGUAUGGUGUAGUGUAGAGGUUAGAGUGUUGGACUAGGACCUGGGAGACCAGGGUUCAAAGCCCACUGGGCAACCUUGGGCCUCAUCUACCUCACAGACUAGUUGUGAGGAUAACAAGAGGAAUGGGAAAACCACAUUUGCCACCAUGAGCUCCUUAGAUGAAUGGUAGCAUAUUAAUGCAAUAAAAUAAAUAAAAAAUAUUCACUGCACCAGGAGCAAAAUAACAUGGUGGCAAUGUAACUUAUGAAAUCAUUUAUGUAAGUUAUGUAAUUUUGCCACUGAAGACAGCAAGGUGAAUAAUAUAGAUUUUGGUGGAAGAUGUACUUUUUAGGAACUGAGUCAGAGAUAGGACAGCUGUCAAGUGUCCCUUAUUUGAAGAGACAGUCCCUUAUUCCAGCACCAUGUCCCGCUGCUGUCCCUUAUUGAUGGAUGUCCCUUAAAUGUCCCUUAAAUUAUGUCCCUUAAAUUUCAAAGGAAGCAGCUCCUCUCCCUCCCUCCCUGCUGGACAGGGAGGAGGGAGGCUCCAACUGUGUUGCUUGGCUGUGUUGCUCACCCAAUAAGAAGUCUAAGAACGAUUGGGGGGUGGAGCUUGCAUGGCUUGUGUUGUGGCUAGUUAAUGCAAGCUGACAGGGGUUUUGAAUGCUGGAUGCCAUUUUGUUGCACGUGCUGUUGCAAACUUUGCAGUGCAAAGCCAGGCCAGGGAGCCAUCUUAAGUUGAGGCUGCAUAGGCCUUGUGGUGCAUGUGAUUCAGAUUCUAUUCAGUUGAACCUCUGAUUACAAAGUUGGUUGGACAGUGUUCUCGAAGCUACCCAGCAUGAGUUUGACCAGACUGCAGGAGGACAGGAAGACUGGAGUGCCUGGAACAGGUGAGGCUGCAGGUUCCUUAUUUUGGCUGCUGGUCCCUUAUUUUCAAGGCUGCUGGUCCCUUAUUUUCAAAUCUGUAAGUUGACAGCUAUGGUCAGUGAAGUUAACUCUUUUGCGCAGGCCUAGUGAUCACAACAACCAUUCUCAGUAGGUCUUGCCCCAGUGAAGCAGUUGUGAGGACUGAAGGUCCCUGCCUUCCCACCACUCUCUAAGGCUCUUCCCCUAGUUCCUUCCCCAGCAACCAGAGACUCCUUUGCCGUGUCUCUCUUUGCUCUGCCUUUUUCAUUUCUCUGUGUAUUCUGGGAGACCAGCAGGGAGGGAAGAUGGUUGCAGCAGGAGGGGGAGACUCCCUGGAUUCUUCAGCAGCCUGCCUCAUCUCUGUCUCCUGGCCUUGUCCUCUUCUGUCUCUGUGUCUGGACUGCUCUCUGCCCCAGCCUCUUCCUGCUCACUAAACCCUGUUGCCUCUUCCUCUUCUGACACCUCACCCCCUAGUCUGCUCCUUCUUCUCCCUCUGACCACUCACCAUCGUUCCACCACCAGUCCCCUGGCUCUAAGCCUUCUUCCCCUGGGGGUUCCCUUGGGGGUUCCCCAGCAUCCAACCAGGCCAUGACAUACAGCAACAGAAUGGAAUAUGGGGUGGAAAGGACAACCCACCCCUGCUUCCAACUAUAAUUCUUUGAUAGAUGCUCCAUGGGGCCACCUCCUUCCAAAUGAACUUUAUUACAGUUUACUAGAGAAAAGUACUGCAGAGUCCAUCCCCCCCUCUCUUUCAUGCACACAUGCUCUUACAGGGGAUCUGUUUUGUGUAUCUCAAGCUCUCUGCAAAUGGAAAUUCCACGCACAAGCAGGUGGGCUCUGGAUUAAUUACCAUCUGCUUCUUUUUUCCAUGUUGCUACUUAGUGCAUCUGUUGGCUGCCUGGGAGAAAUAAUGUGGAUUUGGGAUUGAUUAAAUUGCUGCAGAACAACAUGAACUUCUCGAUUCCUCCCAGAUGUCACUACUAGUUAACAUGAUCAUGGGUGUCAUAGAGUUUCCCACCACCACAGGUGAAAUUUCUUCACCUGAAAGUAAAUUGCAUCUUUUCCCCCAAUUAAUGUAAUUAAAAUAGUUCAUCAUUUUCCUGUCAUCUGUUCGCCUGGUGGUGAAAUUGUCCCUUUACUGCUCUGUGUUUCAGAGUUCUGAAGCAUGACUAUUUGCCCUCGUGCUGCUUUUACAGCAGCUCUGAGGGUGGAGGCAAUUUUCUCUCAUCUAUCUGAUGUUUGAGUUAAGUAGGGCAUAAGUACAAACACAGAAAAGGUGAUUUGUUAAGAAGGGGAAGUGCUGAAUCAUUAGCAUUGCCAUUUCCCCCUGAUGGAAAGUCAAUAUGGCUAAAUGAGAUCCUUGGAAAGAAAACACUUUCAACAAGUCUCAUUGUCCUCAAAAUCUACAGGGGGUAUUGUUUUUUAAGAAAUAGAUGCAUAUGGCUAAAUUCAGUCAGAUAUGGGGAAUCUGUGGCUCUGAGUCUCAGGGAACAUGGCCAGACUUCUGCCUUCUCUAUUCCUCCCUGCAGCCUGCCACCCACCCAUCAAAUUUGCUUCAGAUGCUUGUGGGAUCCUCUAGAGCUGUGAAGGGGGAAGAGAGGAAAGGGGAAUCUGCUCACACGAUAUCACCCCAUGUGAAUAUAGUUGUAUUUUCAAUUAGGAGCAAUAGCUUCAUAUGACAAGGCUGGUUGGUUUACAAUCUACACAUUACAUGCAUGCAUACAUACAUACAUACAUACAUACAUAAAAAGGUAAAGGUACCCCUGACAGUUAAGUCCAGUUGCGAAUGACUCUGGGGUUGUGACGCUCAUCUUGCUUUACAGGCCGAGGGAGCCGGCGUUUGUCCGCUUCCGCAGACAGUUUUUCCAGGUCAUGUGGCCAGCAUGACUAAGCCGCUUCUGGCGAAGCCAGAGCAGUGCACGGAAACGCCGUUUACCUUCCCGCUGGAGCGGUACCUGUUUAUCUACUUGCACUGCGUGCUUUCAAACUGCUAGGUUGGCAGGAGCAGGGACUGAACAACGGGAGCUCACCCAGUCGUGGGGCCUUGAACCACCGACUUUCCGAUCGGCAAGUCCAAGCGGCGCAGUGGUUUAAACAAUGUAAUUCAACCAUUUCCACAUAAAUCAUAGUAAUUUAUAAAAUAAAGAUACAAUAAUAAUAAUAUCAUUAACAGCAGCACCACCUCCAACUUCUAUAAAAAUAUACCCCAGGCCAAGAGUCUAUUCAGCAGCCUCAGCUUUUGUAGCUGGUGUCAGUUAGUCAGCGCCCCACCCUGCCAGGCCAGGUGGAAAAAGGCCUGUAAGGCAAGGAGCAGGUCUUGCAGGAUUCACAGCCAAGGUGGUCAUUAAGAUGGGGAUUUUGGAUGGAUGGUUCAGAAUGAGUGAAAUUCUGCAUUGUAUGCUUGUAAUGACAUUGGCUUCUCAACUGAGAACCAAGCACCGUCCCAUAACACAUAGCAGCAGAGGGAUGUUAAGUUCACUGAUGUCUUACAGCCCGAUGUUGUUGAACUAAAACUGACCACUAGGUAUGCUGAUGGCGGCUGAUGGUUGUCGGAGUCUAACAACAUCUAGAGGGUCACAGCUUCCUCAUCCUUGUUCUAUAUCCUUGUUCAAGCAGGAGGCUCCCUGUUUAAACAAAGACCCAGAUUCAUGCAAACAUAUAGUACAUGGUGGCCCCUGGAAAAAUCUCCAUGGCUCCACUUGGUGAGAAGCCAAUAUGUUGAAAUUGGCAAGAUUAUUUUGACACUCUGUCACUACCAGAUGCCAGCAUACCAGACACUAAAAAUAAUUGCCCAACAAAGCACAUAUCACCUAAACUGCCCAUUUUAGUGGAAGCUCAUUUCAACCAUCAUGGGAGGAUAAAUGUUUGAAUUCAUAUGGCUUUAUUUGUUAAGACACCAAAGAGAAGGGAUAUCUAAUAUAGGAUCCUAUCUGGAAAAAAGUGCAUAUCUAUGCAAAAACACUUAUAUUAGCAGUUUUAAUGAAUUUUCCUUGCAAACAUCUUUUUAGUGGUUUUGAAUGGUAUAAUAAAUGUGUAAUAAUUUCUUGCUAUAUGAUCCAAUCUUUAUUCCCUUUAGCAUCUUUGUGGUGAAGGUUUUUUUUUAAAAAAAGAGCUAAGUUUUUAUUGCCUUCUAUAGCCAAUACCUAUUAUUUUAAACCAUUUAAACCACCAUUUGUACUAACAACAAAGAGCUAAGAGGCAUAUGCUUUAUUUUAUGACAUUAAUAACACCUCCCUUUGUCAGGAACCUAAUGGGAUUGAGAUUUAAUAACAGUGAUAAAUGUGAACUGACAUUCUGGAGUUUAUAAGGAAAACAUUCUACCAGGGUGUUAAAACGUUCAGUAACUGGAAAUGCCUCUUUGAUAGCUAAUGAAUAUUUGAGCAGAAAUGAACCCAUUGAAGGUCCCAGAGUUUCUCUGAAAAUAUUGUCUUCUUUUCUUAAUGGGGUUGCCUUGGGAGAAUAUCUUCAUACUUCAAAAUCCAACUUGCUAGAAAACAUUGACUGCUUUUUCUUUUUGGCUUUGGAGAGUAGUUAGAUGCUCAAUAUGAGUUUUUGAUCAAAGAUAGUUGAUAGUGUGUUUAUGUGUUUUAUUAAUAAAACAAGGUUUUGCAUUAAGUAAAUCUGUGGAAGAAAACUCCUGUUCUCCAGACAUCUUGAAGUCUACUCAGCUGUUGGCAUUUGUCUGUCUUGAGAGAUGAUGGAAGAGUGUGCUAUCAGGGGUAAAGUCAAACUACAGCCGAGUUACAGCGCCUCCUGUGGCUGUAUAGACCAAUAUGGGAGAGACAUGUUUUAUUGCAGCUGGGGCAAAUGAAGGCAUCUGGUUUCGAAGGUGCAUAUGCACCAUGCCAUUUCUUCUCUCUGUACUCCUCCCAAUGGUCAUUUCAUGACAGCUACCCAGCUGGCAUGAGGCCAAUUCAGAUAACCAAUCUGGCAUGUGGGUUCACAAUUAAACACACAUUUACCACAAUUAAUCAUUUGGAAACAAGUCCCAAAUUUUAACAUCUGUCGUGCUAAAGGACUAAAAAAAAGAAAAAAAAUGAUACGACUCAGGCAAUAAAAAACAGAACCAGAAUUUGUUUACUCUUUGCAUAUGUUAUGAAAUUGCUUCUUUCAUAUGCUUCGGAGCCCUCAGGGAAAUUCUCGAUCUCUUCUCCUUAAUCAGAGGCUGAGCACUGAAGCAAAAACGCAUUCUCCCAUUCCUAUCCUAUAUAUGUUAGCUGGGGCACAAUAUUUAUACACAGACCAAAAGUUCUUAUUUUAUUAUAUCACCCAUGCUAAUCCUAUUAGCCCUGGCUCCACCUAUCAAUGGCUGUAGCUGAACCUACUCUUGGCCUUCCACUCAAUGGGCACCAGCCACCACUGAUAGCAGCAGCAGCAGCAGCAGCAAUAAUAAUAAUAAUUUUACUGUUUAUACCCCAUCCAUCUGGCUGGGUUUCCCUGGCUAGUAUUCAAAGCUAGCCAAAUAAUUAUAGGCCCAGAGGCAGAAAAUUCCAGACAUGCUCCUCCCUGGCAGUAACAUACUGUAAUAAUAAAUAAACAACAGAAAGGGCAGCAAAUUGCUAAUGCUCAAAAUUCACUGCCCGUGGCAGGCAUCUCACGCUACCAAAUGGUUGUUGUUGUUGUUUAGUCGUUUAGUCGUGUCCGACUCUUCGUGACCCCAUGGAUCAGAACACGCCAGGCACUCCUGUCCUCCACUGCCUCUCGCAGUUUGGUCAGACUCAUGUUUGUAGCUUCGAGAACACUGUCCAACCAUCUUGUCCUCUGUCGUCCCCUUCUCCUUGUGCCCUCCAUCUUUCCCAACAUCAGGGUCUUUUCCAGGGAGUCUUCUCUUCUCAUGAGGUGGUGGGCAAAGCCAAAGUUGAGUUUACUUUACCUGUGUGCUACUUUUGGUUUUUAAAAAACAGACUGCUUUCACCCUCCUGCUUUAGAAGUGAUUGCAGCUGGCCCAGUUUUGUUUUAUUUUUUUAAAAAGCAGAAUUGCCGUUGUCAUGUUUAGUUUGUUCCUCAGCCGCUUUGAAAUGUUUUGUUAUUCAAAGUUAGUAAUUGGAAGGGGAAGUACACCCUAAAUUACAGGCUAACGAACCUUUUUAGGCUUUGUCAAACUUAUACUUACUGAAAGUUGAAAAAGGCAAAUGUACACUAGACUAAUUAGAAAUGCUGCCUUUCUACUGGGACAGGAGACCUUGUGCCCUUGUCAAAUCAGAACUAUUCACCCCAUAUUAUAAAUUUCUCAUAGUAUCUUGAAAUGGGGGCAAGAGUUACAGCUAAUUAUGUUUAUGACAGACUUGUAUUCAACAUGUAGGGUUUUGUUUUUUCCCUCCUCUUGAAAAAUAUCAUUGCGGCAACGCGAUGCAAAAUUAAGAUACUUGAUAGAAACAGCUAAUUAGACCAAAUAAAGACUUCCUUGGUCUUUUAUUUGGUUGUUUGUAUUGUUGUAUGUUAUGCUCAUUGUAUGUUAUGUUCAUGUUUAAUGAGGGUGGAUUUCUGUAUGGGGGGGUUAUGUUAUGUUGUAAAUAAAAUUUCCAAUAAUAAUUUAUAAAAAUCAAGGAACAGCUAAUUAGUUAGUGGGUUAUUACUGUAUUGGCCCGGAUAUAAGCCACACCCGAAUAUAAGCCGCACCUUUAAAAUUCAAGGGGGAAAAAGAAAAAAAGACAAUACCCGAAUAUAAGCAGUUCCCUUAAAAUUCUACAGGCACUCACACCCGUUCUGUUUUACUGUAUAGCUGUUUCAGCGGCAAUAUCGUAAAAGCCAGUUUUUGUAAGGUUGUAAAUUUAAGCCACACUUUAACUUUUCACAGUCAGAAUUUGGGGGAAAAAACUGUGGCUUAUAUCUGGGCCAAUAUGGUAGCUGUAGCUUGGUGCCCCUUAAACACUUGUCUGUCCCAUUCCAGUCUGAGGAGUGAUAACAUCAGAACCUGUAGGUGGGAUUCAGUAGAAGGUGUGAGAAUGUUUUCAUAUACCACUAUGCUUUCAAGAAGCAAGAGUGAGAGUGAUAUGGAUUGAUUUCCCAAAUGCAUGCUUUGGGAUUGUGGGUCCCAUUUCCCGAUUCCCCAUUAAACAGGUCAGAGGCAGCUGAAAUUUCUGGUGAAAGCUUAUCUUUGUCUGACAACAGACAGAUGAAAACCUAUAAUCAUGCUUAUCAUUCUUUACUAUUACCUGACACUUUUGUGCUGCUUCCUUGCAGUAUUAUAAGCUUUAAUGAUAAUUACAAAUACCUUGGCUUGAACAAGAUGUAGAAACUUUAGUGUCAAGGAAGAAAAAGAAAGAGGGAGACAUAGAGAUGGGAAGGCCUAGAAAACCCCCCAAAUUUUUGGGAAAAACCCAGGUUUUUUUCCAUUUCCCCUCAAAACUAUUUGUGUGUGUGUGUUCUAAAAAAUUGGGGAAAAACACACCAUAGUUUGAUAUAAUUUGAAUAUUCCACAUACCUUUUUUUCUUUAAAAAACCCCACCUGGCUUUGGAAAAACCUGGAAGAAACCCUGCCCCACCCCAAUUUUUCCGUCCCCCCCUGGCCUUCCCAUCUCUAGGUGUGCUGGUGUGCCUUGCAGUGUGGUCCAGAGUGCUGCAUUAUGCUGCCAAAAUAUUCCUGGACCCUUCCAGUUGUUUUGUCAUUAAAAACGAAAACCGCAGGAACCAACUUUCUACAGAUCAAUUCUGGUAGAGUUUGUUGCUUUGUCCCUGGAAUCAAUUGACUGAGGAAAAUGCAGAAGGGACAUGGCUACCUCUGGCUGCAGAUUACCAACUUGAUUCCAGCGCCAAUAAAUGGAAACAUACCCUCCAACAUUUCUCCAAUGAAAAUAGGGACGUCCCAUUCCAUCAUGAUAAUUUUACUAUUUAUACCCCACAAAUCUUACUGGGUUGCCCCAGCGACUCUGGGAAGCUUCCAACAUCUAUAAAAACACAAUAAAACAUUAAACAUUUUUUUUUAAAAAAACCUUCCCUAUACAGUGGUACCUUGGUUUAAGAACAAUUAGUUUAUGAACAACUUGGAUUAAGAACGCUGCAAACCCGAAAGUAGGUGUUUUGGUUUGUGAACUUUGCCUUGGAACAUGUUCCGCUUCCUGUUCAGUGUGUUCCAUUUGUAAACUGAGUCCCUCACUGCUGUGGGAAAGCGCACCUUGGUUUAAGAAUGCUUUGGUUUAAGAACCGACUUCCGGAACGGAUUAGGUUCGUAAACCAAGGUACCACUGUACAGGAUUCCCUUCAGACGGCUCAGGAGUCGAAUAACUCCAUACCCUCCAACAUUUCUCCAAUGAAAGUAGGGAUGACCUAAGGAAAAGUGGGACAUUCUGGGAUCAAAUCAGAAACCAGGAUGGCUUCUCUAAAUCAGGGACACCCCUGGAAAAUAGGGACACUUGGAGGGUCUGUGGAAAUACUCCAUUAAUAGCUUCCAGUUUGCACAUAGCUAAGAUUAGAUUUCAGUUUGGAGCAUCAGGACAACCACAGAAUGAUAGGAAUUAAUUCAUAUUGGCUGCCAGUCUAGCUUCUACUUGAGAUAAAGACUACAGUGAGGAAAAACCAGAGGAGCUCCUUCCUUGAGCCAUCCUUCCUAUUUGAAGAAGAGGUGCCAUUGACACUGAACAGGCUGAAUAUGUUCCCACCUCUCACAUCCAACAGGAGGUGGGCAGUAGCAUUCUAUGUAAUGCCUCAAGAGUUCUAAAAUCAGGCUGAGGAAGGGCAGAUGGGCAAAAUUACACACAUGUAUUUUGGUUAAGAUCUUCAAUGAGUAACAAUGUUAACUACCAAUAGGACUAAACAGAUUAAGGGUGGGAGGGGCAGAGAGGGACUUCCAUGUUGCCCUGAGCUCCUUGGAGGAAUGAACGGAUAUCCAAAAACAAAGCUCUUCAGAAAUUGAUAGUAGAUGAUCUAACAGCAAGCAUUGUUUUAUCUUUCUUAAUUUUUGGUCCACAGUAUGUACGUAUUAAGGAUGGCCUUAAUAAAUGAAAUCAGCCAAUAAAAACUCCAUGUAUUACUAUUUUUUCUGCCUUUUAAAAGGCAGAUUGGCUGGCAGUUCUUCAGUAGCAUUAUUACCAUUGGUUAAGCUUUACAAAAUACAGUCAUACCUCAGAUUACAUAUGCUCCAGGUUGUGUUUUUUUGGGUUGCGGACCACCGAAACCCAGAAGUACCGGAACAGGUUAGUUCUGGGUUUCAGCAGUCGCGCAUGCAUAGGAGCGCUAAAUCGCAGUUUGUGCAUAUGCAGACGCACCGAAUCGCAACCCACAUGUGUGCAGACACACCGCUGUGGGUUGCGGACGCUGCGGGUUGCGAACGUGCCUCCUGCACGGAUCGUGUUCGCAACCCGAGCGUCCACUGUAGUCGCAAUGUACUAAGCUAUCAUUCACCAACCUCUAACAAGGGCAUUCCAGGACCUAGACAACCCUUCAGAAGUGUGACAGUAGCACUUUAGCUUUUUCACUAAUCAUCAGUACAUUCUCUGUUGCCAAGCCCUCACCAGAGACGCAAUGGCCCAUGGUUACUGCAGGCUGUGGUGUGACUGUUUGCUGUUCUAGGAUCCUGAAACAUGAUACCAUUUAAGGUUUUCGUUUUUCCGUUUCAAAACAUCCAUCACAAUACCUCACUCAUGUUGCAUUUUGCAACCCGACAAAUGUACACAUUAUCCCUCUGAUUUUACAGAUAUUGACAAAACCCACAGUAAUAAGCCUCAAAAUAAGCAAAGGAGAGUGGGUUGGAAAGGUUGGAGAAUGAAAGGUAUCUAUUAAAAUAAUAGAUGAGAACAUCUAAAGGUUUGGGAUUAUUGGAAGAUGAUUUUAGCAUGGAAACCCUGAAGAGAUAAUAGGCUGUAUUCUCUCCUACGUAUUCAAAGCUACUGCUGCUUAAUUAUAUGGAUGAAGAAGAGGAAUUGUACUGAUGUUACAUUAUAAAGGCUCUUGUGGCUGGAGAUUACUAAUGGGAGGAAAAGUGAUUGAAUUGCAACAGCAUGGCAGUGGGUUUUCUCUCUCUCUCUCUCUCUAGAGUAUUCACCAUCAUCGUAAUGGAAAAAUUUACUUGGAAGAUUACAGCUUGGGAACCAAGGAUCUAAAAGAGCACUUACUCCUGUAUGAAAGUGCUUGGUCAGUCCUUAAUAUCCUUAAGGGCCAUUUUCUAGCUAUUCCCCUAGGCAGGUGUCAGCUAGAGGAUGAGCUUUCUCUGUGUCAGAGGUCUGAUUUGGGACAUUCCUGCUAGAGAUGUUCCCAGUGGGCAUUUGCUCUGUAAGGACACUGAGCUAAAACCAUUUUAUUCCAGGCUUUCAGAGAACAGCAAGGUUGAUUUUACUGCUGCUUUUUGUUGAUAGACAGGCUGUUUCUGAGUGGGUUUUUUUAAUGCAUUCUACGCCAUUUUGUCUGUGUCUGCACAAUGGACAUAUGAUGGAACAUCCACAGCAAGUCUUAGAGUCACAUGCUCCUGUGUGGCUGAGAAGGAUUUGAAAGCUUUUUUGCUCCCUCAACCCAACAUUUCCCUCCAUGUUGCCAAGAGCAACAAACUGUAGUUAUCAUUGGCCCUAUCUGCACUAUUCUUUUAAAGAGGUAUCAUGCCACUUCAAACCAUCAUAGCUUCCCUCAAGGAAUCCUGGUAUGGUAGUCUGUUAAGGAUGCUAAGAGUUGCUAGGAGACCCCUGUUCCCCUCACAGAGACUACUGUUCUCUGGGAAAUGUAACUCCAUGGGGGGGGGGAAUAGGAGCCUCCUAACAACUCUCAACACCUUUAACAAACUACAUUUCAUUUGAUUCUUUGGGGGGAAACAAAGGUGUUUAAAAUAGAAUGAUACUGGCUUAAACGUGUAGUGCAAAUGGAACCAUUAAGUGCAGCAAGUUUGAAACAAGUUUGCUAACCGCAGUUCCUGUUUGAAUAACAAGGGGAGCUGGGGUUGACUAAGGGUGGAAGCAGGAACUUUUGAACUCCUCUCAGCCUUGUGGGACAGUGAAAGGAAAGAGGGGAACAGGUGAGCCCAAGGCUCGCUAAAGUGUAUUUCUGCUCAUACGCAUCAUGCUAAAUAAUGGUUCAGCAUGUGUAAAUGUGGCCACUGAUUGUAUAUUUUAGCAAUUUUACAGUACCUUAAAUGUUUUCUUAUGCUGCUUCAUUUUGAAGCUGCCUUCUUGAAUUAAAAGUGUGGUAUGUAUAAAUAGGUACCGCUCUGGCGGGAAGGUAAACGGCGUUUCCGUGCGCUGCUCUGGUUCGCCAGAAGCAGCUUAGUCAUGCUGGCCACAUGACCCGGAAGCUGUAUGCCGGCUCCCUUGGCCAAUAAAGCGAGAUGAGCGCCUCAACCCCAGAGUCGGUCACGACUGGACCUAAUGGUCAGGGGUCCCUUUACAUUUAUGUACACACACACACACACACACACAGGACCGGCCCACUCAAGAGGCAGAGUGAAGCAGCCGCCUCAGGUGGUGGAAGUCCCCAAGUCAGCGCCUGCAUGGAUCUUGCUGAAAAUCGCUGAUGCUGGUGCUGCUUCUUCACGCGUAGCAGAGGAAGUGGGGUUGUCAGCAUGGUGGUGGUGGCAACAGGGUGGAGCAAAAUGGGAAGCACCGGCACUGCACAGAGACAAGAAGAUCAGCUCAACUGGACUGGAUUUAAUUCUGGAGGUUGUUGUCUGCCUGGGCACAACGAACAUUGUGAGGACAGAUGUGACAUUGUGGAUCUGGGGCUUCACGCAAAUAAGCUGCCAAAUCUCCAGGGGAUCUAAGAUGUUGCCUGGACUGCUCAGGGACUGUACCAGCAUAGCCAGGCAGAAUCUACGGAAGCCUGAAAUGUAAUGCAUGUUUUAGGACAAAGGAUUAUUUUCAUCAUACUUCUCUUGCUCCCACAGUGAGCAUUAAGUGCAUCUUCUGUAUUGUGUGUGGGGAAACUGGCUGUAUUUUUUGCCACAAGUUCCGGAUUGGCUACUGGGCAAUUUUAAAUCGAAGAAAAUAAUGAAGAAGAAAAAACACCCCACCACAAUUUAGAGUGAAAAGACCCAGAAGGAGCAUUUGUAAUUAUUUUAUGCCAAUCAAUAAUAGACACUCUUUCAUCUGUAACUGAAAAUACUGUCUAUUUCAACAACUUCUACAUUUAUAAAACCCAUCUAUAGGUGCUUCUAAACUGUCACUGUUUUCAGAUAGAAGCCAGUCAUGUACAGUGGUACCUCGGGUUACAUACACUUCAGGUUACAGACUCUGCUAACCCAGAAAUAGUGCUUCAGGUUAAGAACUUUGCUUCAGGAUGAGAACAGAAACUGUGCUCCAGCGGCGCGGCUGCAGCAGGAGGCCCCAUUAGCUAAAGUGGUGCUUCAGGUUAAGAACAGUUUCAGGUUAAGAACGGACUUCCGGAACAAAUUAAGUACUUAACCCGAGGUACCAUUGUACUAGCAAUUUCAGGUUGCGCUAUGAAAUAUGAUUAACAGCUCUUGCAAAGCAAAGCCACUUCCUCUAAAGAUCUGAGUUUUUGUGGUAAGAAAAGUGAUGCAAAAAUGCAGUGGAAAGAGUAGGAUAACACUUGCUUUGAUGCAACAUCAUCAGAAUUAAAUAGCCAAUGUCAUCUAAUCUCACUCCAACCAAAUCAAGAUUAAUGCUCCAUUAACAGCAACCUAUGUGCUGUUAUUUCCUCGGCACUGAACAAGUCUUAUCACAUUAUAUUGCUGAUCUUUUAUUUUUUAUUGUCUCUCAAAUCCUUUAUUAUUUUAUUCACAUAAUAUACAUGCUUUACAGCAAACAACUCCAAAAUAAGCAGACAACUCCAAAAUAAAAUUAUAUGUAACAAAACCAUAAGUCUCAUGUUUUUAUUUACACUGAUCUCCUCUCCGAUACUUUUACUUGAUAUUUCUUGCUGCUUUCUGCUUUUCUUAUAGAAUCUUUAUAAAAACGUUAAUCUCUUAAAUCCUAUACCAAUCUUUAACAAUUUCAGUUAAUCCUGUCACCUCCCUCCCCUCUUUAUCUUUAUUGCUGAUCAUUUUGAAAGCUCAAAGCAGCUCGAAACCAGUAAAAAAAAGUUUAAAACUACAGUAUCUUCAUGUGUUAAGUAAACCCUACAAUAAAUUCAUGCAAAUAAAAGCAUAGUUAACUAAUACCAAGCAACUCAUUGCAUACACCCCCCCCAAUUCAUCCCCCCAAUCUUUCUUAAACCGAAACAAUAAACUAAUUUACACAGUUUUCCUAUGCUUAGGUUUACAUGAAACACAUUUUAAAAAUCCCUAGGUUUCUUGGUACUGUUUGUAGCCAAUGUGAAGGUUUGUGGUGCAGAGAGUCAGUUUCAGAAGAGCUUCAGAGAAGACCCCCAACAUCUGCACUGCUUGAUGUUGGCCCAGAAUGCCUUUGGAACAGCAGGCGCAUAACCGCAGGAAUGCUCAGUAGAUUAAUUCUUUGGAACGCUGGCCAAUAAAUCUGUAGCACAUGCCAGGUCUCCAGGAGAAAAUCUACAUUAAGCUUGCAUGCACUAGUUAGAAUCGAAAUUGUUCUGCUGCUUUAUGAGAAAAUGGGAAACACAAUCCCAUAUCCUCCAGUGUUCACAGAUAGCAAAAGGGGCCUGCUUGUGGCAACCUGCAGUUGCCAUGCUAUGGAUCACUAUCAGAGCCCCCCUCCUGGCCUGCAGUGUUGACCAACUUUGAGUAGUCCUACUGGCUGAUAGCUUAGGGUUACCAGACGUCCCCAGUUCCCAGGGACAGUCCCCGGAUUUGCAAAUCUGUCCCCGGACAAAUUCCACCCCCGGAAUGUCCCCAGAUUUGCGAAUCCCCAGGAAACGUGGCAGCAGCAGCCUCAGCAGCCCAGAGCCAGCCUGGUAGCGCAGUCUGCAAAACAUGGCAGGCUUGUUGGCAUUUCUUCCAGAGGUUUCUUUCUUUCUUUUCAGGUUGCCUAUAAUUCAGCUGGAGGACAUGGGUGGCGCUGUGGUCUAAACCACUGAGCCUCUUGGGUUUGCCGAUCAGAAGGUCGGCGGUUCGAAUCCCUGCGAUGGGGUGAGCUCCCAUUGCUCGGUCCCAGCUCCUUCCAACCUAGCAGUUCGAAAGCACGCCAAAAAGUGCAAGUAGAUGAAUAGGUACCGCUUCGGUGGGAAGGUAAAUGGUGUUUCCGUGCGCUGCUCUGGUUUCAGUGUUCCGUUGUGCCAGAAGCUGCUUAGUCAUGCUGGCCACAUGACCCAGAAAAACUGUCUUCAUGCUUUUUAUGAUGGAGGACCGCUGUAGCCACCCCCAACGACACGUUCUCAAGAUGGAGGGGGAGGGAACAGCUGCAGUCGCCUGUGGUUCCUGCGCAAUGUUUGCCAUCUUGCCAAAGGUUGCAGGCAGCUUUACCUGCAGCAAUUGCAUGUUGAUUGCCCUCUUAGAAGACAAAGUCCAGCAACUGGAGGAACGUGUAGCUACGCUCCAAAGAAUUAGAGCUGGAGCUCUUCUUGGAAGCAACAGAGCACACCGUCUCCACCAAGGAGGAGACAGGGGACUCCCCUAAGAAGGAGGCUAGUUCACCAACACAGGAGCCAGAUAUAUGGAGAAACGUGACUCAAAGAAGUAGGAGGCCCAGGGUUCGCUCUGAUUGUUUAGAAAUACACAAUCGCUUUGAGGUCCUCUCCCCUAGCAUGGAAGACGAAGAGCAGACUCCAUUUGAGGAUCUCUCCCUCAUUACAGUCGAUCAGGUAUAUGAAGAUGAGCAGCAAAGUCAGUCCUCAGGGAAUGUGCAGGCGACCUUGGAACGGACAGCUCACGGAAGAACCCCGACCAAACCUAAGAGGAGGCGUGCAGUGGUGAUAGGGGAUUCCCUACUGAGGGGAACAGAAGCAGUGAUCUGUGGGCCUGACAAGAUGUAUCGGGAAGUGUGCUGUCUCCCCGGGGCUAAGAUCCAAGAUGUAACUGAAUGACUGCAAGGAAUCAUAAAACCCACUGACAAAUACCCUUUCCUCUUGGUUCAUGUGAGAACCAAUGACACUGCAAGCAAUAGCCUCCAGAAGAUCAAAAGAGACUACGAGGCUCUGGGCAGGAAAUUGAAGCAAUUAAAUGCACAAAUUGUCAUCUCAUCUGUCCUCCCAGUUGAACGACGUGGCCCAGGGAGAGAGGGGAAAUAGUGGAAGUGAACAGCUGGCUUCGCAAAUGGUGUAAACAGGAAAGGUUUGGAUUCUUAGAUCACGGACUGCAGUUUCUUGAAGAUGGACUUCUGGCAAGCGAUGGGCUGCACCUCACAACGGUUGGGAGGAAUGUUUUUGCCAAAAAUCUCAGAAACCUCAUCAGGAGGGCUUUAAACUGACUACUGUGGGGGAGGGAGACAGUGCUCCUGAAGGUAGGAGUCUAUCAAUUGAUGAAGAUGAUCAUCCAAAUGUCAUAGACCAAAUGGAGCAAACAGCACACAGACCUAGUGGUGGGAGGAAAAAAUCCUUAAAUAAGAGACACGGGGGAAUGAUUAAUGGACUUCAAUGUCUGUACACUAAUGCGCAAAGCAUGGGAAAUAAACAAGAUGAGCUUGAGCUCUUGGUACAGCAAACUAAAUAUGACAUAAUAGGCAUCACUGAAACCUGGUGGGAUAAGUCCCACGAUUGGAAUGUAAUAAUGGAGGGAUACAAUCUAUUUCAGAGAAACAGACCAGACAAGAAAGGAGGAGGAGUGGCGUUAUAUGUCAGGGAUGUGUAUACCUGUGAAGAGAUCCAAUAUUUAGAACCUCAAAGCCAAAGUGAGAGCAUUUGGGUCAAAAUUAAGGGAGAGAAGAAUAACAGUGACCUCAUUGUGGGAGUUUACUAUAGAUCCCCAAGCCAAACGGAGGACAUAGAUGAUGCCUUCCUGGAACAGAUGGCCAAGCAUGCAAAAGGAAGGGAGAUUGUAGUAAUGGGGGACUUCAAUUAUCCGGAUAUUUGUUGGAUGUCAAACUCAGCCAAGAGCAUAAGGUCAAACAGAUUCCUCAUUGGCCUUGCAGACAACUUCAUUGUCCAGAAAGUGGGAGAAGCAACAAGAGGAACAGCCAUUUUAGAUCUGGUCCUAACCAAUGUUGAUGACCUGGUUAGUGGGGUAGAAGUGGAAGGAUCAUUAGGCGCGAGCGAUCAUGCUCUUCUGAAGUUUACUAUACAGCGGAAAGGAGCAGCCAAGCAUACUAGGACUCAAUUUCUUGACUUUAAGAAAGCCGACUUCAUAAAACUUAGGGAAGUGCUGGGUGAGAUCCCAUGGACAGUAAUAUUAAAAGGAAAGGGAGUUCAUGAUGGCUGGGAGUUUGUUAAGAGGGAGAUAGUAAAACCACAACUUCAGGCAAUACCAAUGAGACGGAAACAUGGAAGGUGCCUAAAGUAGCCAGGGUGGCUAUCUAAAGAACUUUUAACUGAGUUAAGAUUAAAAAAGGAUGUAUACAAAAAAUGGAAAAGGGGGGAAACCACCAAAGAGGAAUCCAAGAAAUAGCCAGCACGUGUAGACACAAAGUCAGAAAAGCUAAAGCACAGAAUGAACUCAGGCUUGCUAGAGAGGUUAAAAGCAACAAAAAAGGCUCUUAUGGGUAUGUUCGUAGCAAAAGGAAGAACAAAGAAACAGUGGGGUCACUCAGAGGAGAAGAUGGUGAAAUGCAAACAGGGGACACAGAAAGGGCUGAACUCCUCAAUGCCUUCUUUGCCUCAGUCUUCUCCGAUAAAGAAAACAAUGCCCGACCUGAAUCAUUUGGAGCAAAUGAUUCAGCAGAGGAAACACAGCCCAGAAUAACUAAGGAGAUAGUACAAGAAUACUUGGCUAGUCUAGAUGUAUUCAAGUCUCCAGGGCCAGAUGAACUGCAUCCAAGAGUAUUAAAAGAACUGGCAGAUGUGAUCUCAGAACCACUGGCAGUCAUCUUUGAGAAUUCCUGGAGAACAGGCGAAGUCCCGGCAGACUGGAGGAGGGCAAAUGUUGUCCCUAUUUUCAAAAAGGGGAAAAGAGAGGACCCAAAUAAUUACCGCCCAAUCAGUCUGACAUCAAUACCAGGGAAGAUUCUGGAGCAGAUCAUUAAGCAAACAGUCUGUGAGCACCUAGAAAGGAAUGCUGUGAUCACCAAUAGUCAGCAUGGAUUUCUGAAAAAUAAGUCAUGUCAGACUAACCUGAUCUCGUUUUUGACAGAAUUACAAGCCUGGUAGAUGAAGGGAACGCAGUGGAUGUAGCCUACCUUGAUUUCAGCAAGGCAUUUGACAAGGUGCCCCAUGAUAUUCUUGUAAAGAAGCUGGUAAAAUGCGGUCUUGACUAUGCUACCACUCAGUGGAUUUGUAACUGGCUGACUGACCAAACUCAAAGGGUGCUCAUCAAUGGUUCCUCUUCAUCCUGGAGAAGAGUGACUAGUGGGUUGCCACAGGGUUCUGUCUUGGGCCCAGUCUUAUUCAACAUCUUUAUCAACGACUUGGAUGAUGGACUCAAGGGCAUCCUGAUCAAAUUUGCAGAUGACACCAAACUGGGAGGGGUGGCUAACACCCCAGAGGACAGGAUCACACUUCAAAACGACCUUGACAGAUUAGAGAACUGGGCAAAAACAAACAAGAUGAAUUUUAACAGGGAGAAAUGUAAAGUAUUGCACUUGGGCAAAAAGAAUGAGAGGCACAAAUACAAGAUGGGGGACACCUGGCUUGAGAGCAGUACAUGUGAAAAGGAUCUAGGAGUCUUGGUUGACCACAAACUUGACAUGAGCCAACAGUGUGACGCGGCAGCUAAAAAGCCAAUGCAAUUCUGGGCUGCAUCAAUAGGAGUAUAGCAUCUAGAUCAAGGGAAGUAAUAGUGCCACUGUAUUCUGCUCUGGUCAGACCUCACCUGGAGUACUGUGUCCAGUUCUGGGCACCACAGUUCAAGAAGGACACUGACAAACUGGAACGUGUCCAGAGGAGGGCAACCAAAAUGGUCAAAGGCCUGGAAACGAUGCCUUAUGAGGAGCGGCUAAGGAGCUGGGCAUGUUUAGCCUGGAGAAGAGGAGGUUAAGGGGUGAUAUGAUAGCCAUGUUCAAAUAUAUAAAAGGAUGUCACCUAGAGGAGGGAGAAAGGUUGUUUUCUGCUGCUCCAGAGAAGCGGACACGGAGCAAUGGAUCCAAACUACAAGAAAGAAGAUUCCAUCUAAACAUUAGGAAGAACUUCCUGACAGUAAGAGCUGUUCGACAGUGGAAUUUGCUGCCAAGGAGUGUGGUGGAGUCUCCUUCUUUGGAGGUCUUUAAGCAGAGGCUUGACAACCAUAUGUCAGGAGUGCUCUGAUGGUGUUUCCAGCUUGGCAGGGGGUUGGACUCAAUGGCCCUUGUGGUCUCUUCCAACUCUAUGAUUCUAUGAAACACCGGCUCCCUUGGCCUGUAAAGCGAGAUGAAUGCCGCAACCCCAGAGUCGUCUGCGACUGGACUUAAUUGUCAGGGGUCCUUUACUUUUUAUAAUUCAGCUAUCUCUAUUUACCAGGGGUGAAUCUUACUUUCCAGACUCUGGACUUUCCCCUUUGUGAGGAUGCUUUGUCAAACUUUGUGUUAGUCUGAGUUGCUAGAAUUCUCUUUCUUCUGUUUUCUUCCCAGGGUCUGUAGAUUCAUGAAAGGCUCUUGAAUAUUUUAAGGUAAAUAAGGUCAGUCAUAAUGAAGCAAUAAAAUAAUCAAGUGCUUUAAAACCCCAUUGGAAUUAAUUUACAUUCAUCAUUUAUGUUUCAGUAUCAUAAAAUGUUGGAGGCGCUUAUUAGGAAGUAGCUCAGCUGUUUUUCCCUUUUAGAACAGUUUAGCAAAUUAGGCAAUAUGAGGACAUAAGAAGAAACCUGCUGAAUCAGAACAAAGGCUUGUCUAGUUCAGCAUUCUGCUAAUUCAGAUAGCUAUGGGAAGUCCUUCAGCAGCACCUGAGCACUGCAGCACCCUCCCCACUUGUGGUAUUCAGAAGCAUCCCACCUCCAACAGUGGAGGUAGUAAACAGACUAUCAUGGCUUGCUAUCGCUGAUAGCCUUAUCUUCCAUGAAUCUGCCUACGUACCUUUUAAAACCGUGUGGUAGUGAAUUCUAUAGUUUAAAUGUGGGCUUUUCUCUGCCCUGAAUUUCCCAACAUUCAGCUUUAUUGGAUGAUCCCAUGUUUUAGUAUUGCAAGCAGAACAUCUCUCUAUCCAAUUUCUCCGUACAAUACAAAAUUUGUAUUGUACUGGUAGGUUAACCUCCCCAUGAGUGCGUACAUGUGGGUGCAUAAAUGAGUGAAUGUAUGUGUGAAUAGCCCCAUCCACCACUAUCCCAGGCCCCACACACUUCCAGUUCUAGCCACACUUACUAACAUGUGCCCCCUGACUGCCCACUGCAUGCUGCAUGUUGCCCCCUCACUCAACGGUAUCUUGCAGCAAUAAGAAAAGAGUCUUCACUUUGAAUUUACCCAUAGUAAUCACAGCUUGAAGAAUGCUGUCAAUGCAGUUAAGCCAAUAAAGGUAUAUUAAAGCCCUUCUGGAGAACAUUACCUUGAGUUUGAGGACUCAUUUUGCUUUCCAGCCGAGCUGCACAGCCAGACAUCCUGUUAUAUUAUGACCACAUUGUGCAGUUAUGAGGAUGCACAAUGAGAAGAAAUUUGACAAUUGCUGGCUUUGGUUGCAUUACCUUAAAGCAGGUUAAAAAUGAGUGUGAAUCGAGUGUUAGCAUAGAGGUUGAAAAGCAUCCAGCUCGCUGGAAGAAGAAAACACAUAUGAUGAUGAUAACACCAAAAUUAGGAGCUUCUCUAAUGAGCACCCUUAACCAAACCAAAUCCUAAUCUGUUCACAGUUAAUGUUCAGAAUUGAAAUUACAUUAUGAAUCCAGGCCAGCAGUUCAGCAACAUGUUUGCAAUGACAGUACUCUCUGCUCGAACACACCCGCCAUUUUCUUGUCCAGUGGUGAUGACUUGAGCCACAGACUGUGGGUGCCCAGCACACGUGUGCUGAGCUGCAAUGGCGACUGGGCCAGGACCUGUACCUGUGCCACAGAACUCCAACAGAGACCCUGUGGCAGAGGCAUUGAAGGUCCUACCUAUCUAGGUAGGUCCCUAUCUGUUACUAGGAACAUCAAGGAUGCUGCAAGAGUCAAACGACAGCGGGCCCUGGCCCAGUCACCACAACAGCACCAGAGGUAA